GUGACGUGUGACGUUCCGGGAAGUAUGGUCUCUAGACAGUUGAAUAGAAACGUACUGGGUUUGAGCUGUCUGUGAUCAAACUAAACUGGUUUUGAAACCCUGUAGUAAAAUAACUGCUUUGGGUUUCCGUCGAUUUUAGGAGCCUUUUGUUCGACUUCAGCAAUUCCCUCUUAAGAGUUUGGUGCAUCGUUUAAAACAACGCCAGCUAGCAUCAAGUGUUAAAUCGAAGGAGAAUAUAUAUCCAUAACUGCGGUCUGUGGCAGAUAGCGCUUUCUUCCACAGCCACUUCUGUUUUGUCGGUACAGUAUCAUUAGAGGACAUAUUUAUGCUGUAACUGAUCAACUCCAUCUCUCCGCCGUCCCACUGGCUCGUCGUUUCUGUGAUGGCGUGGCAGUAGUAGCCUCUUUGUCUGUGCAAUCCGUGUCAUAACUAAUGCUACAUGAACAAUCCGGAUGUUCCAGUUUUUCUUUUAAAGGAAGCAGUGGAGGAUAAAAGCCUUGAAACAGUCUCCGUCCAGCCGGUGUCUCUCAGCUGACAUCACUUCAGAACUUCUCGCCCAGGCGCUGGAGUGGUGAGCAGCUGAAGAUGGAAGAUGAAGUGUUCGAACAGAUUGUGUACGUCUUCAAUAAGCUGGUAGCGUGGGUCGCUGCUGGUGCCAUGGUGUUUGGUGGAGUUGUCCCCUAUAUCCCCCAGUACAGAGACAUCCGCAGGACCCAGAAUGCAGAGGGCUUCUCCGCCUAUGUUUGCCUGGUCCUACUGGUGGCCAACAUCCUGCGGAUACUUUUCAGGUAACAAACUAAUACUGGCGUUUCUCUUUCAAGGUAGCUUUUUUUUUCCUUUUGUUUUUCAGCAGCAACUGCAUUUGAAAAAGUAUUUAUUAGCAGUUGCAUCACGUUAGCAUGAAUUAAGUUCGAAAAGAUCAUAAUAACACAUAUUCUUAUGUUAUGACACGUAAAAUACAGCAACUUUUUGCUUUUAAAUUUAAGGGUUUUGUCUUAUGGAUAAUGAAAAUAAGAUAUUCAGAAUUUCAAAUUAUUAAAAUGCUUCCCAAGAUCAUAAAAAAGAGACCUGAAAUACAGAAGUGUACAUUCUUUGAAAGGUGGUUCAUUUAUACACUUGGUUUUUGGUUGAUACCACACAUUUCUGUAUCAGUGUAGCACUGCCAGAUGGGUUUUACAGCAGCCUUCAGCUAGUCUAUUUGGCUGGCCAGUCGAGCACAGUAAUACCUUGGCGAGCAAAUCAUUUACAGUUUUGCAGUGGGCAGGUGCUAAGUCCUGCUGGAAAAAAGGGGACAUUAACACAGAGCUUUUUGGCAGGAUAAAGCGGUAGACUUUUCAGACAAUUUUUUUUUUCUUUAAAUAAACAUUUUUAUGAGGAGGUAAGGAACAUUAGAACAGGAACCUAUAACUGCAUAAGGUAUCAUAUAACAUCUGCAUCACAAUUAAAAAAUGUCAACAUAUCGACACAGUAGAAAUACUGUGCAUCACAAUAAAGGACAAGACAUAGCUUUGCAGGCAACUUUAAUGGCAACAUUGUCUCUGAACUUGAUAAAAGUCACUUGACUAACACCAGUGUAUGAUGGCACCCAUAAUCAUCACAAACUACCUAAACUUCACUCGUCUGGACUUCAGACACUUUAGAAUCUGUGCCAGACCCUGGGACCUUGAUUCCCAAAUAAAAUGCACCAUGUAGUCAUAAUAUAAUGAGUCUAUAAUAUAAGAAAUGUUGAUUUUCUGAAAUAAGUAGGAAAUGUUAAACUUUGACAUAAUAUUGUGUGGAUACUCCUCUAAAGUGAGUCAACAAAUAUUCCCGAUUAAGUUGGACUGUGAGUUUUUAACUUGUGUGUUCUCUGAAAAUACAACUCAGGGGGUAUCAUAAGAGCUUUUACUGUUAUGUUAUUUAUUUAUGAUUAGUUUUACCUGUGUUGCUGCAUCUACUAGAGUGACUGAUGAUACUAUUACUAAUAAAUGAACAUGCCCACAAGCGACCCCUACCAUACAUUCAGCGAAGAAUUGUUUGAUUUUAGUUCAUUUAGUAAAACUUUGUUUUAAAGUAAUUUGUAAAACAGUCCACUGUGAUUAAAUUGAUAUGUGAAACACACAGCACAUAUGGUCUUUCUUGUGUAAGAAAUGUACAACAGGUGUUUUUUAAAUAGUAUGUGGCUUGUACCUGGUGGGCUUCAGCUACAGAAAGAGCAUAGUUUACAGGGCCAAACUUAUUUCUUCCAAACAGAUCGGGAACAUUUUCCAGUAUUUACAGUUGUGAGGCAGUGUUUGCUACAGUAAUGAUUCUGUGAAAUUACUUAUGUGAAAUAUUAAAGCAUGGACUGCAUUUCUUCACACAUUUUAUUCUUCAGAUUUGGCCGCUUCUUUGAGACACUGCUGCUAUGGCAGAGCAUCAUCAUGAUCAUCACCAUGCUCGUCAUGCUGAACUUGUGCACCAAUGUCCGCAUGGCCACCGAACUCAACACCAAAAGACGCUCCUUUAUAGGUCAGAAACCCUCUGGAAGUCUUUUACAGUGCAAAAUAAAACUUAGCUCAGCUACAAAUGCAAUGUGCAGUGAAGAGCAAGUGUACCCUUGGGAACUAUUUUGUCAGUUUGUGAUUCAGAGAUGUGAUUGUUUGUUAGAAUGUCAAAAUACUGAGGAGUAAGCAAGAGUGUGCAUGUGUGUGGAUGUGACUUAUCAUGCACUAAAGGCAGUUUGAGACUGUUUAGUGCUAAUAUGUAUCACUACAUGGGACUGACUAUAGAUUAGCUCUUGAAGCUGGUCUUUGUUCAAUUAAUGUGGCAAACCAGAACCAGAGGUGAAUUUUGCCUUGUAGCUAUGCUGGGUACUGUUGCUUGUGACAGGAUGUGCAGGGUGUGUUUGUUAUUAAGUAAAAACAAACUAAAGUUUAAAAGGUAGCUGUCAGGAGAGAAACUAGCUCUAUACUGAAUCACAGUACUUGAAAAUUAACUGGUAAUUCCAUGUUAAAGAUGCAGCGCGUGCAGUUGAAGCUUUUUGUAUAAAGUUUUAUUUUCAGACAGGAAACUUUCUUCAUUAUUUAUUUAAUCAGGACAAUGCUUCACUGCAAUUGAUCAACAUAUCAACAAAAAGCAUCAAAGUAAAUAUGCUGGAAUUAGCAAAGUUGCUAAAUUUUAACGAUUGUCCUAAGGAAGGUAUCAUAAAAAAACAAAAUACAGACCAUGCACCAUGACAAUUUGAUAAAAUAUGAAGAAAUCUUACACAAACAGUCAAUCCACACAAAGGUUCAAGGUCCAUACACAAAUUAGAAAAGACAAAGAGGUUAUCCAUGAGAGCAGGUCUGGCUUGUUUUAAACCGCUGUUUCGGGAACUUUUUAAAUGUACUGGAGCUGACACAGUUUCCAUCAGUCCCUCUGAUGGACACCACUGUAGCCCAAAUUUAGUCCUGUGCCAUGCUACAUCACAGUCUCCUUCAUUAAGUGCCCUAGUGUUUGCUCUAGAAUAUUUUUUCUAUAUUACGUCCUGUAAUAAUCGAGAGGCUAGUCCAUUCAAAACCUUAAAGAUAAGAGGGAUCCUGGUGGCUAUCACAGUCCAAGAUUUUGUACUCUAACAAUUUUACAAUAAUGAUAAUGAAUAGUUUUUUUUUUUGUCGAGAAAUUUUAAUGUUCUCUUGAUGAGAGACCUGAUUGGUUUAAGAAUACUCUCUGAUAGGGCUGGGCGAUAUUGGAAAAAGUUAAUCACAAUAACUAUUUUUCAUAUCAGCCAAUAUAUCACAAUAUAAAAAAACACUUGUCAAUCUUAAAUGCUCCCUGUUACUCUUAAAUGAAAUUUAACAGUGCUUAUUGGUAGCAGGUCUUUUGCAAUACAAUAAGCUACUGCAUCUUUGUGCCUCUUUGACAUUUUGUCGUAAGGUGUUGCGCAAGAGAAAGCAGAAAGGUAAUGUUCUUAUAUAUAUGUAUAUAUAUAUAUAUAUAUAUAUAUAUAUAUUUAUAUGUAUAUGUAUAUAUAUAUAAAUAUAUCUGUUGUAGGUUAGGGAUGGUCUGAAGCAACUCAUUUCCUAGUAGUUUCAACAGUUAUUUUAAUUUUGACCUAUGAUGUUACCAUAUUCCAUUUUCAUUUAUCAUAUGCUUAUGUCUAAAGGGACAUACAUCAUAGAGUAAGUACAAGACAAGUAAACACUUAGGAAGAUCUAGACUAACCAGCUAGUCCCAAGGUAAAACACAAGAAAAGGGUCAAAAUUGAACGCAGUUGGUUCAACUUUGGCAAGGGCUGUAUAAUGAAUAUCACCUAAGAUGAGAUCUUGUGUGAAAUGAAAAUAUUGAGUACAUCACUUAUUUUACCAAAAACAAUCAAAAUACACCUUGAGAAUUCACGCACGCUCACUGAAUAUGAUCAAGCCUAGUUGAACAGACUACUGAACUACAGUGCUUGAUAGCACAUACAGUGUUCACACUUUUCAACAGGCAAAGAUUGCUUCAGUAACUGUGAAUUAACCACAGCACAGAAUAUGAACAACAAAGAAAGCUUCAGGUGACUUAAAAAUACUUUUUUGUUUUCUGUUCCUUUUUCAGAGUUUUGGGGGGAUGAAAAAAAAGUUAAACUAAACUAAAUCCAGCAAAAUACUAAGACUGCCAUCUGUGCUUGUGUUUAUCCAUGUAGUUGAGCAUUAUCUUAGUAUGGCUGUAACCAUUAACCUGAGCUAAAGUUCCAGCUGGUGGAGGGUGGCUGUACUACAGCGAUGACCAUCAUUUGGCACACAGAAAUUUUUUUUUAAAAUAAAAUUUUCAACUGACUAGUAAUCCUGGUGCUAAAAGAGAUACAAUUAACCAUUACGUUGAAUAAACAUGCACAUUACAAGCGAAGGUAGUGAAUUAAGCUGGGAAAAUAGAAAUUAAAAAACAAAAGUACAGAGAAUUUAAAAAAGUAGAGAAAUUUAGCUAAAAAUCACAACCUAGAGCCUCUAACACCUGUUGUACUUCUAGUUCCAAACUGUGGAAGCAUGCUAUAUUUGAUGACUUAGGAUUACAUGCUUCAGUGGUGUCUUCUGUUUCUUUGACAGUUUGAAGAUAUAAAUGAGCUAGCUUUAGUUAUCUUAUUUUGCACCUUGUAGGAGUGCAAAAACGAGUAGCCGUCUGUUUAAAGAAUAUUUACAGAAUUUGUAUUCUUGUAUUCUGUACACUUUCAAAUUGUGAUUAAAUAGCCACGAUUUAAAAUGAAACAAUUGAUGUCAAAAUUGGAAAAGAAAGAUGACAGCUAAGAUGACAGCAACUAAGCUGGACUUUUUAAAAGUCUGUACAAGUGAACAGAAGAUACUAGAGUUGAGAUCACCACUUCCUGGCUUCAGACAACUUAUUUGAAGUAAAAGCCUUUCCAUCUUUGUUCUUAGGUAACACCUUAUUUCUCGACUGAGGAGCUAUUGAGUGUUUUUAUGGUUGCUGAAGAAGUAAAGAUUCCAUUCAUGUGUUUUGGAAAUAAUCAGAAAACGACAAUGUUUAGUAAAAACUUGCAUUUCUGCAAUGAAGGUGGGACACAAAUUUUUUAAAACACUUUCCAAGCUGCUUUGAGACAUAACCAGGACAUGGUGAAUGAAAUGAAACUUUGUAGUGUUUUGCAUGAAUUGCACUUGAUCAGUUAUAUCUCAGAUCAGGAAAUCGAAACAUCUGUGAUUUCUUAGGCAAUUACUUAAAAUGUCGGAAGGUCAUUCUCCUGACACAAUAAGUCACACAUAUUUCCUGAGAAAAAGAAGAAAACAAAGCUUUUGUCUUUCUCUUCUUUCCUUUUUUUCUUUUCCUUUAUUUUGUAAUUUUUUGUCUGUAGCAACAGACAGUAAGGACGAGGAGAUCAGAAUCCCUAAGAGACUCUUUCUGGGUAUGUACAGAACUAACUGUGUCUGCAAUGAAAUAUCAGUUAUAGUUCAUCUGCUACUCUCACUCCAUCUGUAUGUUGUGCAUGCUGACCCAGUAUGGCUAUUCCUCUCACCCAACACUAACUGAUGACUAAUAACAGCCAGCGCAUGCUUGGAUGAAGCAUGAAGUCCAUUUCACUAGCAUGUAGUUCUGUUGUUGCACCCAAGUAAGAUUCAUGAAACUUGUUUACUGACCAUCUUUGUGGUCAGUAAAGUGAUGUGUUAAAUGCUCAUUAUCCUGCACAUCAUCAGUAGAAAUUCAUACAGUUUAACAAUAAAUCAACCCUCAUGCUGUGGUGUGAUUUUGCAUGUUUUUUAUGCAUGUGAUUAACAGUGUUCAUCAAGGAAAAAAUCAGUGGGUUAUGUAGUCUGAGCUGACAGACCACAGGUGCAUCUCAAUAAAUUAGAAUAUCAGAAAUUAAUCCAUUUUAGUUCCAAAAGUGAGACUAAUACAAUAUAUAGAUUCAUUCCACACAGACUGAUAGAUUCCAAGGUUUUUUUUCAUUUUGAUUAUUACUUCCUGCAAAUUAAAACCCAAAAUUUAGUAUCUCUCAAAAUAAGAAUAUUGUGAAGAAGUUUAAUAUUGAAGACCUAUGGUGUCACACUAAUCACAAGAUUAACUCAAAACAUCUGCAAAGGUGUCCUGGGCCUUUAAGUGGUCCAUCAGUCUGGAUUAGUUGGACCAUAGACAUUAUAUAGAAUGGACGCCAUCUGCCUCCUCACAAACUUUAGAAAUUAAUGACGCAGGAUAUAAUUUUUUUCCCCUUGGAUGUGAUGUUGACAUGUAGUUACUGUAAGACUGGUUCAUGCUUAAGUCCUCUUUUUUCUGUGCAGCUCCAUUGUGUCAAGCCACUCUUUAACCAGAGACAACGUCAGAGGCGUCUUACCUGACAAAAAGAACUGGACUGUUGCUCAGUGGUCCAAAGCCCUUUUCAUAUAAAAGUGAAGUUUGCAUUUUUAAAAAAAUUCAAGGUCCCAGAGUCUGGAGGAAGAGAAGAGGCACGGAAUUCCAGUUGCUUGAGGUCUAGUGUAAAGUUUCCCCAGUCAGUGGUGGUUUGGGGAGCCAUGUCAUCUGCUGGUGUUGGUCUGCUGUACUGUACUUUAUCAGGUCCAAGGUCAGCAUACCUGUCUACCAAGAAGUUUUAGAGCACUUCAUGCCUCCCUCUGGUGACCAGCUUCAUAGAGAUACUGAUUUCAUUUUUACAGCAAAACUUGACACCUGCCAACACUGCCAAAAGUACCAAUACCUGGUUUAGGACCAUUGUAUCUCUGCAAUUGAUUGUGCAGCAAACUUCCCUGACCUGAACCUCAUAGAGAAUCUAUGGGGUAUAGUGACGAGCUGAAUGCUGCUAUCAGAGCAACCUGGGCUUUCAGAACACCUCAGCAGAGUCACAGUCUGAUUACCUUCAAUGCUACAGUAAUUCAUGAAAAAGGAGCCCCAUCCAGGUAUUGAGCGCUAUACAUGUCCAUACUUGUCAGUAGUCGAACACUUCUGUUAAAAAUCCUUUUUUAUUGGUCUUAAGUAAUAUUCUAAUUUUAGGAGAUAGAGAAUUUUGGGGUUUUAUUAGCUUUAAGCUUCAAGCCUUAAAAUGAAAAGAAACACUUCAAAUAUAUCAGACUGUGUGUGAUGAAUCAAUAUAAUAUAAGUUUCACUUUUUGAACUGAAUGACUGAAAUAAAUUAACUUUUUGAUAAUAUUCUAAUUUAUUUAGAUGCACCUGUAGAUAAUAGUUAUGAUAGUUUACUAUAGACUGACCUGCUGAUAGCACAGUUCAAAGCAACUUAAUGACAUCUAGUUGUGCAAUCUUUCUGCAUUUGUUUGUUGCUGAAAGUGAUUUUUUUCCACGUAAAUAUUUUGUGUGAGUGGGUGUUUGAUUACCUUCAAACUUUUGCAUGCUUAUUUGUCCCCUUGAGUAAUGUUAAUGUGAAGCAUCUGUUCUAUGGCUGAAUGAUGCAACCUCUAAUACUGAUGGCUUGUAGCCAGUGUUGUCUUUUAACUUGCAUUUUGUACUUUGAACUACACUUGUUUUUAGCACUUUGGCUCAUCUGUGUUGAAUCUGCUUCAAAAGAAGAGAACUUAUUUACUUACUGUCAGCUAAAUGAAGAUGUUUCUACCAGUUUUUCUUUGUGUGUUGAUUUUUAAUCAAUCACUCCAGAGGUUGACUUGAAAACUCUGUUGCAGUAGUUUUUUGGAAUAUACAGCUCUAUGAGUAUGAGGUGAGUUGUUAUGUCAAUGCAUGAGCAAGAGCAAAUGUAGCAAAAUCAAACUGGUCCAGGGCACAGCUGGUUUAAGGGACUUAGGGCUCUUCAUAUACACAGAUGGCUUGGAAUUAGUUUCAACUUGUGGCCACUGCCCUCCUUGUCACUUCCUGCUCUAUUCGUCCUCUUUUAAUAAGUAAAACCCAAAGUGAAAUAAAUCUUUAAAUUAAAACUGGGACCUGACUGGAACCCUGAUGGACUCCAUAGAUGGCUGAAUGCUGGCAUUUAGUACAUUUACAUGCAAUUAAAAAAACAUUGAUUUAUUGACUUGGACUGAUACUGGACUUCAAAAAAUCAUGUCAUUGUAAUUAAAAGUUUAUGAUUCGCCUGGCUCUAUAUCAUAUUGAUAAAGAGACAAGCAUUCUUCUUAGAACAGUGGACAAUGGUAUGGCCCAUCCUUGUUCUGUAACACUAAAAUGUAGUCUGAUGUAGGUGUGUUAAAAGUGUGCUGGUUGGCGUUUCUGGAAUAGCUCUAAGUGGUUCAGUUCACACUUAGUUCAAAGUGAAACUAUGUAUGUUUAUGUGCACAGUGAAAUCCAUUUUGCUCAUCCACAAGUAAGCCUGUUUACUCAAGGUGAUCAGCAAGAAUACAGUUCAUACGCAUAUCUAAUAAGACCAAGGCCCCUAUACUAUAGUUGAGAGGUAACUUGGGAUAAUUUUAGGGGGGAUUUAGAAACGGGUUUAAUAAAGUCUUGUGCUACUGUGUGGGUAUAACACUUGUUUAAACAAAACUGGAAUAAAUUAUGCUGAAUACUAAACAAAUUUUGUGACAUCGGCACUACAUUUAAAAUUUUGUCAGUUACAGUAACUUGUAUAACAUGUAUAUAUUACAUCUUUUGCCUCUUCUAAGGAUAGGCUUAGGGUUAGGUCUGCACACAAAACAAUAUAUCAGUAUUACUUUUUGCUGACAUUUCAGAUUCUAUAUUCUUUCUUCAAAUAACCAUUCCCUUUCGGAAAGAAUUAUCAAAUAAUCUGUUAUACCCAGAGGACAAAUUUGUCAAACCUUUUCUCCACUUAUCAAAUACAGCCUCCAUGGGAAUGCCCCUACGCUGUUUAAUCUAUUUAUUUCAUGCCAGGCGAGUUUCUAAGUGAUUGAUAUGCAAGGACUAAGCUCUGUUGAGCUUGCGUUUCAUAGUCCACUCUCUGCUGUUCUUAAGUUGUCCUACAAUGCCUGUAGCUUUUGAUUCCAGAGGGGUUGCAAGACUUUCUAAACCCUUUUGACCUACCAGGUCUAGCUUUCAUAAAUGUACUUAAUUCUGAGUAAACCUUGCCGCACAAUUUAUUUUACCAACUAUCCAGCUCUUGCUGAUUGAUAGUAAUAAACCUCAAUUGCUCAUUAAAACAUAGCAAAUGUUAUCACCUUGCAUGGAUCAGAAGGAUGAGUCAGAGAGUAACCUUGGUAUCAGAGUUUAUCUAUAGACCUACAGGAUAAGUCUGAAAAAUCUUUAGCAACAUAAGACAGUUUCCUUGCAAUUUUAACAUUAAUGAAGAAUGAUCAGGCAAGAUCUCCCAUUAAAGAGAAAACAUCUACCUUAAAUCUCUCAAAGGGCAAAUUUGGGAUGAGAUCCCAAAAUUCAACACAAUUACUUAAGCCUUCAUGUGAAAUAAUCUAGUCUACAACAGCUUUUUCCUUAACCAAGACUGAAGUGAAACUGUCAUGUCUUAUUAAGCACACAACACUCUGUGUCUCAGAAAAUUAAUCAAUAUUUCCCCGUUGCUUUUAACUGUACUGAAUUAUUUCAAAUAGGAAUGUUAUCCACAUCAACUAUACAGUCAUCAAGAUUGCUGAUAUGACUACUUAAAUCCCCACAUAAGUAAAUAGCAUCCACAUCAGACAGAUAAAACAUCUGAGCCAUUAGGUGACUAAAAAAAGUAUAGCACAUCACAAUCUUGUAGAUCCUUCUGGAGGUGCUAGUAUCCCCUUCAGAAAUUGGUCCUGUACUUUAACCUCAUCGGACUCACACAGUUUGUUGUUGACUAACAAGUCACAGUUUUACAUGUAACAAAACUCCAGUGUUACACAGUAAAUGAACUAGAUGAUGAUUAACAGAGCAUCAUCAAGGAUACCUAAUGCAUAUUAUUAUUAUGAUUAUUAUUAUUAUUAUUAUUAUUAUUAUUGUUAAUAAUAAUAAUGAUAAUACACAUUUGUAUAUUUUAAUAUUCAUAUUUAUUUUUCAGUAAUAGUAAUACACUGAAUACAGUUUGAACUGUGAACACAGCGAUGUCUGAUAAUCCAUGUGUUGUCAUUUCUUUUUAGAAUACAUUGCAGAAUCUCCAUUUUCAUUUAUUGUAAAUAAAUAAGAAAGGUUGUUACGUGGAGCUCAUUGAAGAUUUUCAUUCCAGGUAUAGACACUAGAUGGCAGAAAAGCUACAAUAUUGUUGCUGUGUGCAGAGGCACUGACACUUGCCUCAGUGGGUUUAUUACGUAUCACAAAUUUUUCACUUUGGACACUAGAUGGCUUGAUGUUUCAAGUGCUGUUCGACCUGUUUUUACCCCUGUAGGCUUCAGUUGUUCUAAAAAGAAUUAAAGCUGUAGCAGCCAUCAUCAUCAUCGUCAUCAUUUUGUGGUUUCAUUUGUUUAUCUCUGGCUUUUGGCAUCAUCUGUUGUUGGACCAUGUGUGGAAGCCAGUCAGGGGCUUGAGUCUCUAUUAAGUAUCACUGAUCAGCGAGCUUUGCUGAGCAUCAUUAUAACUCACAGGCAAUAAUGUUCUUUGAUUGCUGCUUUGCUGGUCUGUUGGUGCUCAUUGAUCUGCUAAUGGAAAUAUCAAAUGUUAGCAUAUUGUCUACAGUUGAUAGUAGCAUCAAGACACCAAGGAAGAGAGAGGGGGAAAUGAUAGAGUGAGGUGAAGCUGAGGAAUAAUCACAAACAGCAUUACCAAGAUGUUUGCAGCAGCCUUUGUCAAGAAAUUUGUAGAAAGCUAACAGUCUUAUAUUGAGCUGGUACAUAGUGGUGCUGGUCUGCAGAGGUAUGGUGAAAAGAGGUAGGGUAAGGUGAAACAGCUCCUCAUAAAGUACUUUGCCAUGACUCAUCAUGUUGUGUAGUCAGCAGGACAUACUGCCAACCUGUGUGUUUUUCUUAUUGGUCAUUUUGUUCUUUUUUUGUCACUCAGAGUCCCUAUAAAAAAACAAACAAAAAACAAACAUAUUUGAUUUCAUAGCAGCACAGUGUCAUUAUCACACCAGCCACUUCAAUCAAACAGCCGGAGAUUUGUACUAAGAGAGAAAAACAUAGUGGCUGCAAUUUGGUGUCUGAGGUCAACUUUUGAAACUCACAGGUUAAGGAACUGUACCACAUCACAAAACUUUCCACAUGUUUUGUAUUAUUAUUAUUAUUUUUUUUUUAAUAAAGAGGAGAAAUGUUGUUGCAACAGCAUCUUAGUGUGAUUUAUAAGGAAGACUACCUGCAGCAAUCUUUUUAGAAGAUUAAAAGAUCAUAUCAUAUAACUCUGUGCGAACCCAAAAUACUGGUGAUCACUUCAGUGAAAGUAAAGGGGUCAGGGAGUUCUGAUGGUGACUGAUGGAAAAGUUCCUCUGUCAAAUGUCUGCCUAAGUCAAAAUUCAGUUUUUUGAAAGACAUGGGACAGGAAACUAAAUCUCCUGCUGCAUAUAAAUGCAAGUGUGUCAGCAAGCAAACCAUCGGGCACCAUCAUUAGAAAAUCUGUAUGCAAACUCCUGAGUGUUUGUGGUUUCUGGCUGCACAAUUUUGUGCUUGUUUAUUCCUGAGAUGCAGCAGUUCUGUCUGUCUGUUGUCCCCUUUACAUUUCCAAUCACUUUCAGCUUAGUUUUAAUUCAUACAUUAGACUUUAAUGUUACAGCUGCAGAUCUUUAAUGAAAGGAAAUAAUGGCAGGAACAUGAAGAAUGUAAUGUAAUGCAUUUUCAGUAAAAAAAAUAAAAAGAAAGAAGGAAAAAAGUAAACAUUUCAAACCUUUUUUGAUCCUCGAAAAAAAGUUUCCCUCAUUUGCAACAAGUCGCAGUGUUCCCCUACAUUCAUUCAGCAGCGAUUUACGUGCAGCGCUACUUAAAUUUCACAUGAUCAUUAAUAUCAUUGCACCACUGAUAAUUUCCACUCACACUGUGUGAACACAACACACAACGUUAUUUCCAACUUAUUUUGAGCGCAUCAAAUCCUGUCAGACCCUCUUCCAUCAACGUUAAAAGUAACGUUCAAGCUUAUACGCAGUCUAUAGAGUGAGUAGCAUUAAUUGCAUUAGUAGCAAUAAUAUCAAUGCGCCGCUAAGGAUUUCUACUCGCACUGUGUGAGCACAACAACACAUAACGUUAUUUUGGACUUAUUUUGAGCCAUCAACGAGUGCAUCAAAUCCUGUCAGACCCUUUUCCAUCAAUGUGAAGGGUGACAUUUAAGCUUAUAGGUAGUCUAUAUAGCGAUUAGCACAUGUAGCGUAAUGUAAAGUGAAUGUAACAGUGUAGCUUUGUACAAUUGACGUUUGUAUAAUUAUUGUACAAGGCACACAGCAAUGCAUGAGAUUUCACCUCGCUAUUGUUUGGUCGUGGCUCAUUGCUCAUGCUGGUCCCUCUGGGAUCUGUACCUGUAGUUUCAGUGGGUUUGUCAGCUUAGAAUAAAUCACUUUAUCUUGUAGGUGCAGUUACCUUCUCUCGAAGGACAGGUGGGGGGUUUUACUUUUUGCUUCAAUCCCUUAAUGGUUGAGCCACAGUAUUUAGCCGCAGUGGCAGUGCACAAAGCUUGAUGUGCUCUGGCUUUGGAGCAGCCACAGCAAAGCAUAAAACCUAUUGUGAAAAGAAACUGUUAAAUGUUUCAUGAAAUGCUUUUGAAGUCUGAGGUUCUAUUUUGCAGGCUGUUGUGGCAAUCCUUUCAUAUAAUUUGUACGCCUCCCCCACUGCGUGCUUUUGAGUGACAAAAGUGGCUGUUUCAACUAUCUGCAUAGGUAUCUCUAAGACCUGACUGACGCUAGUAAGGAAGAGUUGGUAAACAGGGAUUGAAAUCACUGACUCUGACCUGAGUCUUCCUACACAUGUACUCAACUCUGUGGGAAUUCUAACUGAUCUGUGCACAAGACGCUUGGCCACCACAGGCAGUCUAUUGUUUGCAGUUCCAGUCUGUUCCCACACAGUGCUGCUACAGCUGCUGCACAGCGCAGGGAUUAAAUAGGAGGAGGAGAGUACCCCAGGGUACACAAGUAGCACAGAAAGACAGAGUGUAUGGCAGGAUAUGGCUUUGGUAGAGCACCAUGAUAAACAUCCUGUAAUGAUCACGGAUAACUGAUGUGAUCCCCAUAAGCAUAUAAGACAUUUUUCUUGCUUUUUCUGCUUCUCAGAAGUCAAAGCAAGAUUUUUAACAUUAUAUACCUGCAGGAUUAUGACAUGACAACUGCACAGCAUGAGCAUGAAGGAGUGUAAUUAGUAAAACAUGAGGCUGAGAUGAGGGCUGCACAAAUAAUUGAAAAGCAAGUCACUUUCAAUGUUCUCUAAAAAGGUUGUCAGUGCUUUGCAGAGCGCCUGGCUUCCAAAUGAAGAUGAGACAUAAAAAGAAUAUCUUCAACUUUUUUAUGGAUAAAAUUUCAUGCAUUAUCUCUUCUUCUUGUGACAACAGUGACAAAAGUACAGUCCAAGUUAAAAAAAAACUAGGGAUGUUGUAUAGGCUAAUAAAAAACACAUUUCAGAUAUUAGGGACAUGUGCAGGAUUAUGAUUAUUUUACGUAAUUUCUUCUGUUAACAACACUGAAGAAACAUUUUUGAAGAGAGUGACACAUUGUACCACUAUUGCCUAAAAUGGAUUUCAGCUGCUCAAUUGCUUAGGGUUAGUACAGAAUGGGAUUUACCAUUGUCUUUCUAAAAUAAACAAAGUGUACUCUGAUAAAAGCACUGCCUUGGUGGCAGCAUAUGUUACUCCAAAACAUAUUGAUUAGUAUCAAUGGUGUCUUCCCAGGUGUGUAAGCUGACAUGCAUAGGAGAACUUCUAGUCCCAAUUCCAACAAACAUGCUGACUUUUGAACUGUGCAUUCAUAAAAAGCUAGGUGGUCUUUUUUCUAAUUGGACCAGAGUAGGUGGUGUCCAUGAUGAUAAAAAAAAUAAAAAAAUAAAAAAACAGAAAUUUUGAGUCCUCAGACCAGAAGACAGUUUUCCACUUUAACUCAUUUCAUCCUAAAUUCUAAACAGACUACAUUUUCAGUGAUGCUAAGUGAAAGUCAUAAAAUCAGCCAUCCAGUAUCUGAUUGACCAAGGAAGAACAGUUUUUCUAGAAUUGUUAAAUUAUUCAAACAGUCUCUCCCAGAGUUGGGGAACCUCUUCCCAUCUGUAGUUCCAAGAGACUCAGCCUCUUUGGAAUGCCUUAUUAUGUUACUAACCUAAUAUAAACCAACCUUUAGUCAAGAAGGGAUUCUCUGUAUUUUUAAUCAUUACACAAAUCCCUCAGUGUUUUGAAGUCCAUUUACCAAUUUUUAAAAUCCUGUUACUUGCAAUACAUUCAACAUCUUGUAGAUAGGGCUGGGUUUUGAAACAACAACGAUAUAUAUCGAAAACUAAUUUCCCUCAAUAUCAAUAUAAAACAUGGUCAAUAUGCUUUUUGAUAGUCGGCAUUCUGCCAUGUUUUGGUAGACUAUAAGAAUAGCCAAUGAAAAGGGGAGUUGCUCUGGGUCUGCUUCAUGCUGCACCAAUCAAGUGCGAAUUAGAACCAAGUAGCAAACAACUGCUUAGUAGCAGGCUGCAGCUACAUGCAACCAUUGCACUUUAACAGGUGAAGCCGACAGCACUGUUGGUGAAAGAAAAUAAAAAGAAAAAAGAAAAAUGACAUCGUCAACAACACUGGCACAAAAACGUCAGUGGUGUGGAGGUAUUUUGUUUUUUUGAGGUCGGACAUGAAGCAGAGUAAUGUGUACUGCAAAUUAUGUCGAGUAGACAUUCUUGCAAAGUCAGGGAAUUUUUCACCACCUGAAGCAAUGCCACGCGGCAGAGCACGCGCAAUGCAAAAGGUCACAAACCAAGAGUGGAGCAAGGGGCCCAUGGCGCCUGCGCAGCCGAAACAGCCGACCAUUCAGUCUGCUUUCUCUAGCGCAACACCUUACGACAAAAUGUAAAAGAGCACAAAGACCUCACAGAUGCAGUGGCUUAUUGUAUUGCCAAAGACAUGCUACCAAUAAGCACUGUUAAAUUUCAUUUUUUAUGUUGUGAUGUAUAUUGAUAUCAACUGAUAUGAAAAAAAUAUAUCGUGAUAAACUUUUUCCCAUAUCGCCCAGCCCUACUUGUACAUAAAAUCAAAACUACUUAAUCUCUUUGCCUUAAUGACCAAAUGUACAGAAACAUUUGUACAGCAUGGGACAUGAAGCCCUUUUUCUGCUGCUGUUUUGAUUUCUUCUAGGCUUUUCAAUGACAAUAAAUUCUUUCUGCACUUUUAAUUAGCUCUGGUCUAUGUUACAGUAGUCCCCGGACUAUUACACUUAAACCUAACAUGACAAAUAAACUAAAUUUGGGAUAAUACACUUUUAUUCUGUUGUUGUCUUUUCAAUUUAAAUUAGCCAAACAGUUAGUGGAUUGUGUGAAGCUGGUUUCUUUACCUUUGAUCUAUAGUUACAAAAUAUUAUCUGGCUUUAGAAUAGAAUAGAAUAUUCCUUUAUCGAUCCCCCGUGGGGGAAAUUUUUUUGUUAGGAAAAUUUGCUUUUUAUAGAAGCAUGUCAAGUCAAAGAGACAACAAUCUUUGCUUAGCUUUUGCAAAAAAGAGCAAAACACUUUAUAUACAUCCACAGUCCCCUUAAUCUAGUUCUGCACAUGUUUCUGUUUUUACUAUGCAAACUGAGGCCAUGCCAAAUCAUCUCAUGGAGCCUUACUUUAUAUUAUACGUUCAGUUUUGUGUUUAGGGUAAGAAAUGACAUGCUAGCAGCCAGGCUGAUGUGCAAUACUCCUUUUUUUGUCCCCGAAUGCUUCCCUGUGUAUUUGGCUGUUAUCAAGCAGCACCAGGCUGGUGCUAGUUGGCCCAGAUUCACAGUCCUUUGGCUCUGCUGCCAACUAGGCUUCAAAGCCACACCAGGCAAUUGCAGCCACAGCACCUACAGACUAAGCACUGCACUGAGGAUACUGUACAGAGAAGAUAUUCUUUAAGUUGAUUAUACUAAAAUCUGAAAUACAUGCCCUUUUUGUUUUACAUUUGAGAGUUGUUUCCUAUUCUUUGUUAAACACUACUUUGUGUUGCUAUCCUACUUAGUUGUAAGGUUUUGUUGUAGAAAAUCUUGUUGUAAACAGUAUGGUCAACUCAUCAUACAUUGACGGACAGGCAGGAGCCCUUUGCGUCAGUAAGCAACGUUCAUGGUGUACCCCUCGCAUCUAUUAAGAUGCCGUCAUUGAAAAAAAAUAAGAGUCCUGGCCAAAGUGCCCAAUUCCAAGACGAUUUGGGUACAUUCUCAAGGUGUCAAAUCUGACAAAGCAGGACUUUGAUUUAAGUCUAUGGCUGACCCUCCGCCAACAAAGACAACUUGAGCACAGUCUCAAAGCCUCACCAUCAGAUGAAAGAGUACUCUUAUUGAAGUCUAGUGCCAACCCGCCAUGUCAAAAAUAGACUAAAGGGGUACCCCGUGUGCAUAGCUUACUGACACAAAGGGCUCCUGCCCAUCCAUCAAUAUAUGACAAAUUGGGAAUAAGAACUUGUUGAUACUGUUGGUUGAUAGAAGGCCUUGAUUUCUUUUGCUCUUUGACAUUUAUUUUUAUACACAUAGGGAUUUGAGUAAGUCGUCCAUCAGAACUUAACUGGUUAUUCUUAAUAUUGCAAAGCUAGGUUGGCUCUCACACAUUUAUCCUCACUUUGCCAUCUGAAUAACAGAAUAUCUUACUGUUAAAUCUAUACUGAAUAAUAAUUCUUUCAAUCAAAAGUCUCUGUGAUAAGCUCUUAAUUUGGUAACCUCUGAGGAAAAAGUGGUACUAUUGAUCUCUGGUUUUGUGUGUUGUGUAUUCCAACAAAUAAAAAAUUGUCCAUUCUUUAACACUCAGAUGUUGAAUAUUUGUCGUGGAAAGGAUUGCCACAAUAAAUUUCCAUUCUGGCACCUAGAAGCUCUUUUGGAUGUUAAAUAACAACUCUGAAAUUUACAAUCUUGAUGCUCACAUCCUUGUGUGCAAUUUUAGGUCCUAAGGAAUCAUUAGAAUUCAUUUCAGCCUGUAUCAUAAUCAGGUAAAAAUUUCUUGCACGUAUCUUAAUUUUGAAGUCAAACACAUUGGUAUCUUUUUACACCUGAUUUGAAUAAGUCUUGGUAAAUGAAGGCUUUGUUUAAUUUAGCCAUGAUACUGAAUUGUGAAUUUAUUUCAAACAGUACUUUAAUAUGUUUCUUUUUGUUCUUUUCGGCUUAAUCUACUCUAUAGUCCUUCCUCUGGAGGCCCAUGCAGGCCUAUCCACUGGGCUUCCUUUAGGCCUCCAAGAUAAAUAGAGCCUUAUUUAACUGUGAUUAAACAAAUCAGCUUUAUUGCAUUUGAGGCUUGUAGAAAUUUUAUUAAAGAUACAGCAGCAGAGCCAGAAUGAGAUUUUCAUAAUAAAAUCUUUCAGUGUCUCCCGCUAAGACAUUAAACCAGCAGCUACAUGUGCGCUCUUUUUCUCUGCCCCUGUAUCAGGAAGAAAAGUUGAAUGUGCUAAAGACGUUAGAGAAAUAUCUCCCAGUGCUUUAUCAACCAAUUUUCUUAUCAUCUGUGGUCAAAGCAGCACCUGAGGUGAUCAAAGAUUUGGUUUGCACUCUGGAGAAUAUUAUCAUAAUGUGAUUAGUACUGGCUGUGUGGCUUAUUACAGGGACAUUCAGCAAGGUGCAGAUCCCCAACAAGCCCAUUACUACCAUAUUUUGGAGGAAAUUCUGCUACCUGGGAUGACCAUUAUUGUCCGUCAGGGAUUAUCACCACCAUCAGUUUUUCUGACUGAGCAUCCCCUCUCAAGACCUUGUCUGCUUUUGCAAAAUUCUUUACAAAAAGCAACAUAGACUUUGUGUAUAAGUGACAUACUCACUGCUUAUCUGAUAUACACAUACAUGUAUAUAUAUUCAUAUAUCUAUAUGAAAAAAGGGCUGUGUGAUUAAUUAUGAUGGCCUAUGAUGCACUUAACAGUUAUAUACCAAACAUUUCCCUAUUAGAAAGGAUUUCUGGGUAUAAUUCACAUUUAUCUUCUCGGGCAGGGGUUGCCCUGGACUUACACGCAACCAAGUGUCAUUGGCCAGCUAUCUCUGAUGUGAACAGACCAACUACUGUUCAGGUGGUCUUACUAAAAUGUGCUCUGAAAUGUCUGAGUGUGUGUGUGUGUGUGUUGACCUUGAGGCGUGUAUACUGUAGUAGACCUGUCCAACAGAAAAAAGAAAGCCAUGUUGUUCAUUGGGCUCCUGCUUAUCAAUGGUCUCACACCAGUUUGAUUGAAUGAAAUUAACCUGUUACUUAAAUGUAAAUGUUCAGUAAGUUACAUUAGUUCAGUGGAAAAGUACAAAUCUGAUGUUAGCAAGAGAAAAGCCAAUUAAAAUAUUUUCCCCUUUUGACUUAAAUUUAUUAUGUCGAUGAAACACAGAUGGAAGGUUUUUGUUUGUUUGUUUGUUUGUUUGUUUGUUUGUUUUUCAUGUAUUUUGCCCUAACCCCAGUCUUCUCAUGAACGUUAAUGUAGUCUUGUGCAGUUUAUACUUCUUUUUACUUUUGCUGGUUCUCAGCUGUAAAUAUUUCUUAUAUAGUAAUUUUUUUCUUUUUGCAUGCCCUGAGUAGACUCUUAAUCAUCUGUAGUUCCCCUCACCCAGCACUUUUUAAUAGGGCAAUGUUUGUUAUAUAACCCUGUUAAUGUAUAUAAAAGUGCAUCAUAGGCCCCGUUGGGAUCAUCAACAUACACCUCUUCCCAGUUACAUUUCGUAAGAUCCAUCCUAUUAGUCUCAAUUCUUUUUGGAAUUCUUAUUCUCACUAACUUAGAAGCAGGCUCAUUUACAUCGACCUGGUAUUUAAGCCUUAAAAGUAUGCAAAAUCACAAAUAUGGAAAGAUGGUCACUGAUAUCACUUCGAGAAAAAAAGUGGGCCAUGGAUAUGGUCAAAAUGUUAUCAAUAAGUGUGGCAUUUUCAUUGGUUAUCCAAGGAGGUUUGUUUAUAAGGGCCCGUAGACUAAAACUAAAUAUUGUGUUACAAAAAUCUCUGAAGGUUUCCUUUUUCAGAGUUAUGAUCAUUGUCAGUCAGUGAGGUUCCUAAAACAGUCUAAAUCUCAGUCAAUGUUCUUUCUGUAGGGUCUGAAGUCAGUGCACAGUGAGUCUCAUAGAUCCAGUUGCUCAGUCUGUUAGUGCAGUGGUAAGGGCCAAUCCCAACUGCCACUCUUUCCCCUUCAUCUUAAAACAUGCCCCAAGAAAACGAUAUGCCACUCGACUCCUGCUACUUCAUCAUGUCUUGCUGUUUGCAGUGAAUUUGUCGAGUCUGAUAUCAGUGUAGCCAUAGACAUAGUGCAGUGGCCAAGUACAAAUUUUAGCCAGAAUCGUUCAGUUGGUGAUACAAGAAUGAAAAUUCUUCAUGGGUCAUUUGACUAGAAAAGUGUCCCAGCCAUUUGAAAUUUCCAGAUGGCCACCAUUUUUAAGAUGGCUGCCAUCUCACUGGAGCAGUUAAAUGAUGUAAGUUGGUGAUAACAGGAAAAAUAGUAAGGCCAUUCUCCCUGAGUAGCUUAACAAGAAAUAGCCCCAAGCUGCUUGAAAUUUCAAGGUGAUGACCAUUUAAAAGAUGGCAGCCAUCUCAUUACAGCAGUAAUAUCACGUUAAGUUGGUGAUAUAAAAAUAAAAAUUGCAAAGACCAUUCUCCAUAGGUCAAUUCACAAGAAAAUGCUUGACUGUGUUUUGUCCAACUCCUCGCCCUCGACCUGUCCAAUUUGGUAAAUCCUGCCAGGAGUUGCCUCCUAAUGGCAGAGCUCUUAGGGUUAAUCGAAGUAUGAAAGCUCCCUUACCACAACAAGGUUACAGUCACAAGGGAGGUUGUUUUUUUUCUUUAAACAAUUUUUUAAAACUUUUUUGUUUUUUGUACCUUUUUUAAUUUUUUUUCUCUCUGACAAGGGGAAGGUAAACAAGGGAAAGUAGUCCUGGCAAAAACAAUACACACAUUGCUUCUAACAGAGGCAACUACAUAGGCAUGUGCAGGUGAGACCAUACUUGAAGCACUUGUAUCGUCCAGUACAUUCCUUGGUGCACCCACAUUUGGUCAUCUCCCAACAAUACUCUGCAACAAGAGGAAAAGGGGUCCAAAAGAUUCUCCAUUCCUCAUCUUCUUUUAUCCAUCCCCAGUCAGAUGGGCUUGGCAUUUCUGGCUUUUGCUUCAAUGCCUGUCCCCACACAUAUCCAGCCUCACAAGCUGCACAUAUGGCGUGCUCUUUCAGUGCUACUUGAGUUGGUGGGAUCAGAUCAUACGGUCUCUGCUUUCUCGCAAAAAGAUAAAGCCACGCCUCAUUGACAGUUGUGACAUCACUGGAUCUGUCGUACAUCACCUCAAUAAAUCUCUCCAAUGCUUGCAGGUCGCUCUCAUCAAUUGCAGAGGGGCAUUCACCAAGUUUUGCCAAAGUGUUUGAGGCUAGACAACUAGACUAGACAACUAGAUUAUGAUGUUUUAACAUUAACUUUUUACUGUAUCAUUAUGUGACUUUUAUUUUAUUUUACAAUAUUUUUAAUCACAUUAUUUUAUACCAUCAGGAUUCCACUUUAAGAUCAUUGUAGACUGUAUGAGGACAAUAAACAUAUUCUGUACAAUGUCUAUUCUAUUAAAAAAAGUAAUGAUGAAUUUUAUUUGUAUAGCACCCAACAACAAGUCAAUGAUCUCAAAGUGCUUAGCAGUAAAAAAAAAAAAAAAAAGUUAAAUAUGAAAUGUUUAUAAACUACAGAGCCCCUAAAGGGACAUGGAGAAACAGACAAAAAAAAGAAAGAAACAUUCAUGUGCACACGCAAAAGAGGUAGGUUGUUCUCUGAUUGGAGUCGGGAUACCACGGGAUGUAUUUUCGCUCUAAUCGUUGUUCUCCAGUGGGGAUACACCCCAUGGUAUCCCUGAGCCAAGAGGAGAACAACGCUCCUCUUUCGCAUGCACGCGCAAAACGUUUUUUUCUUUUUUUUUUCAACUGACCCCUUUAGGGGCCCCUUCAUAAACAUAUGUUUGAAUUAAAAAGAAAAACACAAAAUAUUGAGAAAAAAUUUGAAAUUUCAAAUGGCUGGGACACUUUCCUGGUGAGUGACCCAAAAAGCUAUCAAUAGCUAUAGCUUCAUUAGUUAGCUCUUCAUAACGCCCAAUUUUAAUAUGCAAACAAUUCAAAACAUAGCUAAUAUUUAUGUGGAUUGAGUAUCUGGUAAAAAUAAAUAAAAUGUGUCAUUCCUAUGAAACAAUAUCAAAACAAUAUCGUACCCUUUGUCUUCAAGUGAGGUCUUGGUUUCAAGGGCUGUGUACCCAUUGCCCUUAGCCCAUCCCUUGACCUUACAGAGAAUUGCGAUACCCCUUCGCUUGACGUUACGCACAAAACGGAGGGCAAAGGGGUACAAUUGGGGUUGAUCCUAAAUGGACAUAGCAUUUUCCUCCCUCUCAAAAUCUUACGUGGGUAAACAUUCAUUGUCACAUUUGAAGAGGAUCUCAGGUUAAAUAGCACUAUAGGGAGGGCUUUGAUCCAAGUUAGUUUUGUGUCUAAGCAGACUCUAGCCUGUUUUAAAAGUGCGAUUAUGGGGCAUCAGGGACUGGAAAACUUCCUUGUCCUGCUUUAGUGGAACCUUUAGAUCUGACUAACAAUAGAUUUAAAGUAUAUACAAUAUAUUCACAAGUGUCUUGGAGUUUGGGGUGCCACCAGUGUUGAGAAAUGAAAGCUGUAAUGGGGUGUUCACAUCAAAAUCAUUUGCGCAAGUGAAUUACAGGUAAAGUCAAUGCAAAGAUGCAAUUAGAUGGUCUUUGUACUCUGGCGGUAUGAAUGAGGUGAAUAAUGCGAAUUGAAUGAGUUAUUUGCACGAAUUAUGCAAAUUUGCCUCAUUCGUAUGAAUGACCAGAAUUCACAAGAGCAAAAAUAUCUCAACUCGAGCAAAUAAUCAUGUCGCAAUAACCAAUCAGCACAAAGAUUCCUGGGCGACGCAGUAACACGUCCGUAACAUGUUCACGAGUGUGGAAAUCCUUUUACUCACAGUAGACAGAUGGACAGGCACUCUGCAGCUGAUAGAGCGUCUGUAGAUGGUAUCUCGGAGAAAUAUACAAGCACCGACCCUCAACAACAGGUCGGCAAAUUGUGUCGCUUAACCCGAAAAUAAAGCUGAAAACAGCUCUCAUGCAGUCACAGCCCUCCAGGCGCAGCAGUCCGCGGAACAUGGUUCACUCCAUGUGUACCAUGCUUGAUCGCCCCCCCCGUAUCCACACUAUGUUGACGCAUGAAUCGUGCAAAUAGAUAACUCUCGCCAAUAGAUACUUAUACUUUUGAGUGACAGUGACCUCUAUUGUCUGCUUCGCUGCACAGCAAAUUUAGUCAUCAAGUUGGAGCUACUAUCUUGCCUGUAUGAUUUCUCCAGAGCCCUUUAUCACCUUUUGUGGCUCCUUUUUAUAUCCAUACCUUUUUUUAAGUUGGGGAUGCUGCUUCUUGCAGAUCUUGCACACAUAGAUCUCUUUGUGGUUUAUCACUUAUUCUUUUUUGCGUAAUUUGCCUAUUCACAUUGUAUCAUGCUGUGGCUUUUACUACCAAUUAAUGCUGCAUCAUUUCCUCUUGCUACUGUGCUGUCUCCUUUUUGGUGCCCUCUGCACUUGACUAUGGCUAUUUGUUUUAGUUCCAAUAAGGUAUAAAAAAGGUCAAGCAGUUGAUUCAAAGAUUCAAAUGUUAAACAGGGGUGCCAGCUGAGGUCAUGAAAGCUCUGCAUCUCCAAUGGCACAUGUCUACAUGUACAGCUUGCACUGCGUAGACUUAGUAAGUUUUGUCUUUGGUAAUAGCCAACAAUUCUGCCAUUUGUCUUUACUCGGCAGUAUUUAGGUCAUUCCUUAUGACUACCAGAGAGCCCAUCAUCGGAGGUGAGCUCCGGGUUUGUGUUUUGUGUCAGAGUGUGUGUGUGUGUGUGUGUGUGUGUGUGUGUGUGUGUGUGUGUGUGUGUGUGUGUGUGUGUGUGUGUGUGUGUGUGUGUGUGUGUGUGUGUGUGUGUGUGUGUGUGUGUUUGUUUGUUUGUGUGUGCCAAUAGCAUCUGGUGUUGGAGGGCCUCUAUCAUAGAACAUGCUUCUGCAUAGGGAGGAGUGGAGUGGAGUGUGGUUAGGCUCUUCAUUUUUUGGCUGAUGCAUCUCUGAAGAAGUCAAGGUUGUAACUGGCAUUUGAUGUUCCAGCCAUGCAGAGGACAGAGAUUGAAUGGAGAAUUUAACUUCUUCCAAGAAACACUGGCAGUCUGCAUAAACUGUCUGCCUUUCUUAACUGCUUUUUCUGCCUUUCAUUUCUUAUCCUGUCUUCGCUUCAUCUUUUGGAACUUUUUUCUGCCAUCUUGCUGCUGUUUUAGCUAACACUGACCUCAAAGAGCCAGAUUUCUAAUCCUUCCAUUUAUUCACAAAUGUCUGUGACAUUGUAAACACCUCUACAUGUGUAAUUCAGGGAGGGUACAGCACAGUGCCUGAAUGAGGACCUGAUCAAGAAGCUACUACACAGUCUAUAACUCUGUGUGCUUCAUCGUUGAGGUUUUCUCAGUCUCGUCACUUGUUUUAAUUUACCAACCUUUACAACACCCUAACUAAAAGAUCCACUUUUAUCCUCUUCCAACCCCUCGAACAGAACUAAGACCUGUGUGAGUGCUGAAUCCUCCUACAGUACAGGACUGUCAGAUACACUGCCACACAGAAAAAAUAUCAACCAAGUAGGAAACUACCCCACAUUUACAUGGAAAAUAAGAAACUUAUCCCUAAGUCCUCAUAAAAAUAUUCAUCUCUACAAUUUUCAGGGAUAAUUCACACUUCCAAUCAACAUGAGUCUUCACCUAAUGUGACAUCAGGCUUCACUGGCAUCGCCUAUUGCAACGUCUAACACAGCUUCGGGACAAUUAAACUUCUCCUGGCAUCACACUUCCCUUGCAUCGCCUUACACAGAAUCAUCUGACAUGGCAUAGGGACAAUUCUCUAUUUUCCCGGGAUCUGGCUAACCCAGGAAAAAUCUAUGAAACUAAUCUCUCUGUUUUAACCAAUUUAGAACAAACAAAGAACGUUUACUGUCCCUCAUGUGAAACUCUUGACUCUAGCAGUCCCCAAUCAGACAUAAUCUCAGCCAAUACGGGUCACUGCACCAAAGUAUUUUUUCUUUGUUUUGGAUCCCUCUAAAAACUUUGUAGCAUUUGUAAAUGUGUGUCUUGUCAACAGCUGCUUCGUGGAGGCUGUUAUUACUGGGUGCUUGCCAGUCUCUCUUCUUUUGAGCCAUGAACUGUUUAUAUUCUUACAUACUGACUUUAUAUACUUUCAAAAGAUAGUUUAAGACCCAGCUCUUUAGAAAACACUGCAUUACAUGCAUUUAGCGAGACUGUUCUCCACUGUUGUUUCAGUGGUAAAAUAAGUCUUCCAGCUACAGUCGGCUUGCACUGUGCUGCUUUUUUUCAGGGGAUUUUUGUGCCCAGCUCUUUGUGAGUGACCCAGCACUUGGUGCUUGGUCAUUAUUGUUAUGAAGACAAUUUCAUUGAUAAUUGAUUCAUUGUUGUUCAUAAAAAAUAAAAUCCUUUAAUACCUUUUGUGCAUUGCCUCUAACACUGCAUGGCAGUACCUGCGUCCAAAUUGGCUUGAAGCACUUUGUGGCUCUUGUUUCUUCUUUUUACCCUCUUCUUUUUUGUCAAGGUAACCCUGACAGAGCUUGGCAGAGUGCUUAGGGUCAUUGUCUUGCUGCAAAACAAACUUAUAAGCCACAAGUCUGAGUCCAGAUGGAGCAGCAUGGUGCUGAAUGAUGGAGUGGUACUGUUCCUUCUUCAUGAAACCCUUUACUUCAAACAAAUCUCCUACUCCAUCACCUGCAAAUCAUCCCCAUACCACGGAACUACCACCUCCAUGCUGAAUUGGGGGUGUAACACAUGGUGCUUUCAGACGUUCACCAGUUUGCCUGUGGACAAAGACUCUGCGUUUUGAACCACACAGUGCAAACUUGUUUCUAGUCAUCAUAAGUCCAAUUUUUGUGAGCUUUUGCCCACUCAUAUCUCUUUCUCUUGUUCUGUGGUAGAAGUAGUGUUUUUUUACACAACCCUUCAGACCAGCCUUUCUCAAACGUCAUUUCACGGUUGUAAGAGAUAUGGGUUCCGACCUUGUCAUGUUGAUAUCUUCCCUUAUUUGUGGUGCUGUCUUUCACUGAUCUCUCUUACUGGUGACAAUGCUAACUGUCACCAGUAAGAGAGAUCUCUCUUUCUCUCUUUCGUCCAGGUCUUUUUCUAUCAUCAUAACUUCCAGGUUCCUCUCGUCUCUUCAGUGUAGUGGACUCCUUUGUUAAACACCUUUAGGCGUUUUGCAAUUUCUCUUUCUGUGUAUCCUUCUUUCCUCAAUGUACAAAUCUGUACUUUUGUUUCUUUACUCAGUUGCUUCUUUCUAGCCAUUUCUGCAGUAGUUUGAACGCAGUUGAGAUUUAUUAGGAUUUUUGUAUGCAGACUCUCAAAAGCCAAAAAGUUGAAGUGAAUAAUCCAACUGUGAUUUGUUUUUUUGCUUUUGCACUGAAGUUGUGACUCUUGCAAAUGUUUUCAACCCUAAAACUAAGCCCUUACUAUCUUUUGCUGACAUAUAUUUAGCAAUGGUCUGUUAACAUCAAUGUAUAUCUAAAGGAAAAUGGAGUAAAAUGGUGCAUUUCCAUGAAAGCAACAUCUGAUCAUGGAGUAAAUACAUCUCAAAAUACAUAAAACUCACGCUGGAUCAAAAAAAAAAGCAUUGUGGACAAAAACUUGAAGUUACUCCCAAUUUUUCAGCCUGUAAUGGUCUUGCUUCCAAACUUUUGGCCUGUAGUGUGUGUCCUGUAUUAACAUAAGUACAAUGCAUGCCAGAAAUGUACUUUUUUUUAAUCGAAGAAAGGCAUUGAUAAGGGAAUCGCUAAAGAAAUGAAUUGAUUAGCAGAAUCGAUAAUGGCAUCGAAAUAAAUAAAAUCUUAUCAAUUCCCAUCACUAGUCUUUAAGGGAACUGCACAUGCGCAGUCAAUGAAAGUAUUCACAAAUCAAAGAAAAGGUUCAACAUAAUAACAAUAAUGAUACUAAUAAUAAUAACAAACAUGGGCAAGAUCACACAGGUUGAAGGUUCUGAAUAUACCUUUUGAUAAGUUUUUGAUUAUUAUCCUGACCUACUGAAUGUUGGAUCCUUUCUUUUUUCGUAACAUUUGGGAAUGAAACUCAGCUCCUGUGAUGCAAUAAAAUGCUGUUUUGUCUCAUAUUGGAACAAUAUUAUAGUUGCUUGUCUAUUUUAAGGACUGCUCUACCUAACAGUCUUUGUUUUUGCAGGAAUAGCACAUCAAGUCAUUUUUCUGUUUCUGGUCAAGCACUGGCCAACUGGUUGAGAGUUGUACUCCCUUUGGUUACUUCAAAAUGGUUAUUUCUGAUUCACUCAUUUGUGUUUUAGACUUUGACUGGAGCCACUUCUGGUCAUGGAGUCACUUUGUGGACUACCUUCAGUGUGUGCUGGCUUUCACGUUGGUUGCCGCCUACAUCACCUACCUCUUCCUGGACUCUGCACUUUUCGUGGAGACUCUGGGCUUUUUGGCUGUCUUCACUGAAGCAAUGCUGGGCACACCACAACUCCACUGCAACUAUCAGAACAAGUCCACAGAAGGCAUGAGGUAAAGAUUUGAUACUGAUCACCCUAGCCUGAUACAUUCACAUGACUUGGAAAGCAGAAUUCUCUGUGACAUGGUACAUAUUUUAUCCAUUUAAACUUAAUGUUUCAGUCCUGUGUUGAAUGUGUCACAAAGACAAUCACAUAUUUUUCUUAAUUUACUUCUGAUUCAAAUGUAAAUUUGAAUGGCUUUUAGACACACUUGGAUUUUCAAAGGUAGGGAAGAUGAAUUCUCAAUUCUUAGUGUUUCUGAAAUAGCCACCCAACGAAAUUGACAGAAGGGAGGGUUAGUUCAUGGCCCCAAUGAGCUCCUUAUGUCAACAAUCAGGUAAAAAAUGGUUUACCCAAAGCUGCCCCCCCCCUGGUAAAGACAUUACCAUCAGCUGAGAAUUGGUGGUAUGUGUUGCUGAAUUUAUGAAGGAUGUCACACUCAAAUUUUCCACAACUUUAACAUUGCUGUUAUUAUGCUCAGGAAUCAAAUGAUUCUGGGCUUUUGAUGGCUUAACCCUGAUGUUAAGGACCCUCAUUGUCCACAUUUGUGACAAUAGUCCAUGCAGUUACAACACUGAGUAUACAAAAAUUACCAUUAAUAUGUUAUGUGUUAGCCUUUAAAACCUGGAUAGACUAGUUUCAAAUUAUUCGUGCUUUUUUUGGGUACAAACAUUUCCUCAAUGCUUCACGUUGUGUGUAUGUCAAUAGGAAUCAAACAAGGUGGAAAAAUGUGAAUUAUGGAUACACACAUUCACAGCCUGGCUCAGGAAGUUGUUUUGGUCUGAAUAGUUAAUGUCUGUAUGUAAAAACACCUUUAAGGGGAGGGAAUUUUUUAUAACACAUUUAUUUUAGAGAUACUAAGAUCGUGAGUUUUUCAUACAUAGGGGCAUGGUGACUUUGACUCAAGGGUGGGCACACAGUAGCUGUUAUCUAAGAGGCAAAAGACCCGCCUCCAUUACCUCAACAUCGAAUUACCCAUUGUAAACUAUAUAAUUUGACUAAACCACAUAAACAUUUCUAAUGGAAAACAGUGAUGAAUGGAAAAAAGGUAACACACUAAUCUUUAGCGUUAUUGGGCAAGAGCAACGUAAGAAAUGACCUAAUUUUUAAGGUGUGGUAGCUUUUAUUAAGCUGUGGCGGUGCACCACGAUCAGUCACAUGUAGGGGAUACCCUGCUUUUUAUUUGUGAGACUGUGCUGAAAUAAAAUUAUUUUGCACAAAUGGACAGCAAAUUGAAGGAUACAGCAAAAGUAUCACAUGAUGGAACCAUAGACUGUUUGAUAUCUGGUCAUAGUCUCAGUGAGGCCACCCUUUUGUUUUUGAAACACAGUUGUGAAGCUAUUGAUGUUGGUCAAUCAAACUUUAGUUGGAUUAAAAGAGGUUUAAUGGCUACAGCUGCUAUGUGCCCACCCGUUGAUCAUGCCAAACCAUGUAACCUCAAUAGUUCUUAAAAAUUAUGCAUUAUUUUUAUAUGUAACUAUAGAUUUUUAGAUGGUGAGACCAACUAAAGGAGUGUUAGGUUUACCAUUCAAACUUACAGGAAACAAGAAAGAGCAGGCAAAGUACCCUUUUAUAACAUUAUACUGGUAAACCAACAGACACAGUAAGAAAUUUCCAAAAGUAAUGUUUACUGUAUCAAUUUAGGAACAAACCACUGCAUUUGUUACAUAGUCAAGUUUUGUAUGUACUAAACAGUGUAAAUUUUGUAUACUCAGUGUUGAGAAUUUGUUGCUAGUUGGCCACAUUAUUCUGCUUGUAUGACUUUGCCACAAUGAUUAAGAAUUCAGUGAUAAUCAUGUGCAGUACUUCAGUGAAUGCUUUAACAGAGAAACAGCAUGCGUUUGAAUAUGAGACAGACAUUCUUACUCAAAAUAAAAUAAAAAUCAAAUUUAGGCUUUGUUAAGAAUUUAAGCCAAAUACCUAGACAGUGUAAAACAUGUCAGUUAUGCUUGUCGGCUCUUUUGUCUUAGCCUGGCUGAUUCUGCCAGCCAUCAAACAGUGAAAAUAAAGCUGCAAUAGAGGGCUGGGGACAUUGUCAUCUCCAGUUGUGUUUGUUGUUUAUGUUCUCUCCUCCGUCAGUACAAAACCUGUUGAGUCUGUUCGGCUGUUGCUAGGUUACUUUACCUCAGCACUCUGUUCAAGGUUUCAGUGUGAGUGUAGAGAGGGAUGUGUGUGCAGGGAAAGAAAGCAAAAGCCUAUAAAGUGAGGUUGUUUUCCCAUGACCAAUAUUUUAAAGCAGAUAGUUUUAAUUUUAGAAGAUUGCAUCAAACAACAGACGUAGGGGUACAUCAGGUUGGUGUUUGUGAUGGGACUUUGCAGGAACAGAAAAGUUGAGAUUUAAGAAUGAAUGAAUUUAACUUUGUUUUUAUGAAAAGAAACACACAAAAAUGAAGUAAAUAAACAAAAGUACACACUUUUGACAAAUCAAAAAAAAAAACAGCUGGAAUAACCCUCUCUUACAUUGCCUAAAUUUCUAAGAUGUCCUCCAGUACUUGUUUUAUCCUCCAAGCUGUAGGAAGCUUCUCAAUUUUAUAAUACACAUGGGAUGGAAUAAGGGUAGUAAAAAUGUUGGCAGAAAAAUAAAUCAUAUAUGAUGUCCACAGUGUGUAUGAACACCAGCAUUGCACCAUGACACAAUGUCAGGCAGGCUGUAGAAAGUAUUUGGUCCUGAGUUGUCCCUUGAGGACAUAACUGAAGGCAUUAAGGCCCGAACUACACGAAGGCAGAUAUAUUUCAAACCGCACAUAUUUAUGUCCGAUUAGGCCUCCCUACCACACCAAACUGGGAGUUUGGAGCACUCAAACCGGAUAAAUCUGAAUCCGGAAAAACAAGCGGAGAAAUAAAAAAAUAUCUGAUCCCGUAUCCGCAGUGGAUUCGUGUGGUCGGACUUUUACGGAUCGAUGACGUCAAACCGCAGCUCGCGCAUGCGCAUUGAAAACAAAAACAAUAACGAUGGCGGACAGACAGGGUAUUCUUUACGUUUGUUUUGCCCUCUUGGGGCUAAUUUCAGCCUUGCAAGUGAACCUUAUUUUAUACAAUUACAUCCACCAGUCAGUUUUUUUUAAGCGGCACCAGAUAGGAUUGAGUUUGAAGCCUACGUGUGGACGCAGAUAUUUUUUUGAACUAACACGUGUGGACAGGUACAUUUAUUUAGACGGGAGUACAAAAAUAUCCAGAUAAAUAAAUAUCUGCCUUCGUGUAGUUCGGGCCUUAAUCUGGUCUUGACUUUUCCCCAGGCUUAUUGUUAACUAGGGCUGCACCCAACGAUUGUUUUCCUACCGAUUAAUCUAACAAUUAUCUUUUCAAUUAGUCGACUAAUCUAUUUGCUAAUUUAUCUAUUAUUCUAAAGAUUAUUUUUUAUUAACCGAUUAAUAUGACAAUGAAUUUAACCAAAACAGCAAGUCAAAACUUGUCCUAUCCCUAUUAGUAUUUAAUUCAAUGAUUCAGUCAAGAAUCUCUUGAAAUCAAACAAACAGAUUUUUGCAGGGUGCGCUGGGCAGUUUUGGGGUUACCUUGUAUGGUGGAUAUGAGCUCAUUAUGAGAGUAUUUGUAAUUAGAUUGCUCAUCCAAAUAAGUCUAAGUGAAGCUGGACACUUUUUUGUUUCACUUUAACAAUAACAAAUGGUGAUAGAAAAAAAAUAGCUACAAUAUGUCUUGAACUUAUUUAGUCCACUAAUAUUAGUGUUAGAGUCCUUGUAUAUUUUACAUGCUCUCCCGGCUCCAGGCUCUCUGAACAUCUGUGUGUGCAAUACAGCACUCUUUUAUCUGAGGCUGCCCUGAACGCAUCACUCCAAGAUGGUGAAAGACUAUCAACGUAAAUAUUAUAUCUCACAUUUGUUUCCCUUUCAUUGAAGUUUUCUUUUUGCAACAAACACUGUUUAAAUGUAGUUUACAGCUUAAACUGACCUGAAUCAUCCCAAACUGUCAAGUAAAAGCAUCAAUUCAGUGUCUGUGAGGCUCAGCAGAAACACAUAACAAUCUAAAGUUGUCUUGAAACCUGGCAACUUUGGACGAAUAUCGUGAUCCGAUUCAUGAAUGAACGUGGACCAUCAAACUAUGGGAGAUUCCCGGGAGAAAUGACAAUACGGGAGAGGUCUAAAAUACAGGAGAUUCCUGGUAAAAACAGGAGUGUUGGCAGUUAUGGUAUCAGUACAUGCGCAGUGGUGCUCGUGAUUGCUGAGUAUUAGCAUUAGCAAGCUGUUGUCAGCGAUCACAUAGCUGAUAAAUUAGCGAGUUGAAGGACAAUUAAAAGCACAAAACUGAUGCUUCAACUCCGAGCUAACUGCUUAAAGUGAAUGAAUUAGUUAUGGGAUGCAGGGCAUAUGAUGCAGCGUUCACUGUGGCGUUUGCUGCACCAGCGGUGGAUUAUUUGAUUGACAGGUCACUGCAUGUCUCCUUGAAUGAAAGCGGGGCAAUCUUGGAAAGGUGAACGAGGAAGCCAGGAAGAACACGUGCAUUGAUGGAGAGGAGCUGCUCAUAGAUCAUGUUAAAGUACUGUAGGUUUGAAAUCGACCCCAUGAGGUGGAGCUUAUUUGCUGUCCAUUCCUCCACCGUUACCUGAAGUAGCCAUAGUCUACAUCAUCAUGCAACGCUUUGACACUUGUUUUUUGCAUCAACAAAUUUUUGUAGUCGAUUAUGUCGAUUACAUCGACAAAUCGCCCCAGUCCUACUGGUAACCCCACUGUUACUGCUUAAAGCCGUUUACUGCUAUGACUGUUAUCAUAAUGGGCCUUCAGAGACUUGGAUCUUUGCCAACCUUAAGACAUGUUUGUCACAAUAGUUCUAUUCCCUGACCUAUCAAAGUCCAUAUUACCAUUCCAAAUUCAUUUUACCAAAGUUUCUCUUUUUAUUUCCCCCAUUUAUAGCUUGUGCAGUUUCUAAUUUCUGUCUAACUUGAUAAGUACAACAUGUUGUGACACAAAAUUCUUUGUAAUGCCAGAAACUUCAGUCUUUGAUGACACGAAAGAAACCCAUAAUCUUAUUGUUAGAGAACAAAAAUCACUUAAACCAGCUGAAGUGAGAAUUUUGAAUUAGAGUGGCUUGUUGCCUUAUAAUGCCUUGUUAGUUGUUUGCCUUGUACAGACUUGGACUAAACACUGUCUAGGUUAACUGUUGCAAAUUUUUUUUCAACUGAAAACUUCUCUAAAUCUAGUAAAGCAUGGGGUGGGUGUAGCCAUGGCGAGAGAGAGAGAGAGGGCACUGAACCAGUAAUGAUGUAUAGCUUUUUUAAUUAUAUCCAUUAAUCUUAUGAUAGAAUUUUCAGAUAAGAUAAACCUUUUUUCGUCCCACUGAAGGGAAAUUUACAAUUUCAGUAUUAAUUCCUCAUACUGCUAAUACUUAUAAAAGUUGUACUCAACCUUAACCCCAGAUUACUGUGUUUAAAUAUUCUUUUUGUGCAAGAUAGGUUGGUUCAUUGUCUUUUUGCUGCUUCACCAUUUCCCAUUUGCAAAAGUGCAUGUCAAAAUUUCACCCAAUUGUCAACUGAAAAAACAACUCUUGUUUAACUUGGGGCCUCAAAACAAUGCAACUCUCUUGUUUGGCUCAUUUCACCUGAGGGUCUGCACUGUUUACAGACUCUGCUCUCAUAAUUAUUAUUCGAGCCCAAACAGCUUACAUACUGUGACAGGAGGCACAAACCUCCCAUUUAAGAGCUCAUCUGAACCCUCAAAAAAAGAAGAAAAAAGGAGAAAACAGCAGACUCUAAAAAGACAAGGGUGGUGGCUUAAUAAAGCUAAAACAACAGAAUGUAACGGUUAUAAAUUAUUGACUGACGCGGAAAAAAAAAGAGAAGAAAAAAAAAACUAGGACUUAAGACUUAAUAAUGGAAGGGCUUUUUGAAACAGCCUUUUUUUGCUUUUGCUUUGUGUACUUUUUGCAGUAACCAUUGAUCACAGCCACUAUUACCCUAAGUCAUUUCCAACUGAAAAAUUAAUUAAGGCCAAGUUACUUAUACUGUUUGCACAAAAAUUGACAUAAAACAUUUAAACAAUGUCUUGAUUCUGUCAGACAGGAUUUGGGCCAAGUAAGCAAUUGCCUCAGUGCUGCUGUAAACCUUAAAGACAGAUACUUUAUGGAGACAUUAGGUAAGAUGUGAAAUCAAAGCAUCUGUGUUAAGUUGAGUGUAGGAGAUGAGAAGAUCAAAGUGUUAAUAGUUUUCAGGUUGUUGCUAUGAAUGGAUGGUCUACAGCUUGGAGAGCCAGAGGUACACAUUGAUACUGACCAGUCUGUCAUAAACCAAAUACAACACCCACAUACAAACACAAAACACAUAAGGGACAUCCAGAUAGCCAACUGCAGCCUUAUAAGGCUUGCAGGCUUUAGUUGUAUCCCAGUGUGCUAGAUAAGAGUGCCAGAGCCUUAUUUAGCCUGCAGUGUGCUGUCCACACAAUCACACACAGACCCAUGUUUGGAUAGAUCUGAAUUGACUGGGCAGUCACCCCUGUGGCCACUUGCAUGGUGCUUUGAUGUUUAGCAUGGCUGGAGAACAGAGUAGCUGCGGCCCCCCACAGUUGAUCACCACAGCUGGAGAACCUUAAGAUCAUCCGUCCGGCCUUUUCUUCUCCAUCUGCUUUUAUUACUAAGACAGCUGACUGAGAUAAACAUAAAUGAACUUAUUUCUAUUCCUUCAGGGUGAAAAUUAUGUGGUGUUUAAUUUAUAGAAGUACAUUUUGUUUUUUUUUUUUCAUGAAUUUCUUUUAGUCUUGGCUGAAAGCAAUUGUACCAAAGUAUUAAGACCUGUUAAAUUAGAUUUUUUUUUCCCAGUAAACUCACCAGAGAUGAGGGCUUGAAAGGAACAAGCCCUCCGUCUUUUAGGUCCAGACAUCUAGCCCUCACUGAGAGUCAACAGGCAAGGGAAAAUGUUCAAAGUGUCUGCUUCGGGUGAUGUUUGAGGGUACUCGCUCUCCCUCUAACAACCUACAUCCAGAGGUCAUGCCUUGUUUAACAAAUGCAAUAUAAAUAGAACAGCCUGUGUAUCUGCAACACUCACCCAACACCUCUAUGAAUAGUUGCAAUCCUCUGUUUUAACAAGCACUUGGUAAUGGCACAGAAAAGUUUUAAGGGCUUGAAAAAAGAAGUCCCAAGGGCAAUGCUUCAACUGUUCCUUCAAAAAGCUGAAGUAAUCUUUCAGAUUCUCUAGUCGCACACACUUAAAACCAUUUAACUCUCAAGGAGAUUAAAACGGAAUCUCCACAAUUCAUUCUUUAAUUGCAGGCAUAUAUGUUUUAUUGCAAUUAAGCAAGGGCAUAUCUAAAUAUAUAAAUAAUAAAUAUAUCUGAGAGAGGGUGAUAAAGAGGUAGUAAGACAUGCUCACACUUAGUUUUACUGCCUCUACCCAAAUAACAUUUUUUUAGAGGAAUAGCUGAGAAAUUGAUCAAGCAUGGAUCCUACCUCCCUAAUUUUAGCCUGUAGAAAUACACUGUAGUGUGGACCACAGAUGCUGAAUAACAGGGAAGGAGAGAGCAGUGUGGAGUGAAGCUUCACAGAACUAACAAGCUUCUUACAGAGAAGGAAAAGUGUAUUUGCCUCCCCUCCUCACAAACACAAGUAUAGAAAGACACAGGCGACUGAAAGGCAGCAGUCGGGGAAAAAAUGGACAUAAAGGAAGAGAGAAGUGCUGUAGAGAGAGGGCUUCAGAAAAAAGAGAACUAUGUGAAAAUGGAAGCAAGAAGGGGCAUUCAGAGAUCCUGCUAAGGAAAGAGCUGGUAGAGACUAUGUGAAAAAUGGCAGGGUUUGCACAAAUCGGUCAUGAAAAGGGCUAAGGUGAGACUGCAGGCAUGAAUAAUGUUAAAGAAAAUUUGACAGAAAAGCUUUGACUAAAGAAUAAAAGACAGACAGACUGACAAACCGAGUUCUGCUUCGGAAGCUGACACAAGAUAACCUCUCAUCCAUCUUUUACAUCUGUAAAGAGGCUCAUUAAAAGAAAGACAUCUACAAACACAAAGAAGCUUUUUCUUUGUGGUUAUACCACCAUUUUUUGUUCUGUAAUGUGUUUUUUUUUCAUGGUGAUCUCCAAGAAUAUCUAUUGACAAAAACAGUCAUUUCUUGAUCCUUAUGGAUUAAUAGUUAAGGCCACAAAAUAAACAAAAAAAUAAAAAACCCACAUUGAGGCAAUACUGUUAUACUGUGGAUUUUUUCUUAUUCCCUUUCCAGGCAAAUUUCGAUUCCCUACUCGUUCUACAGCUUGAAGUGUUAAAGGACAAAGUAUAUAUAAAAACAUGUGGUUUGAUAGCAUCAUAAGUCGUGAAAAUUUUCAGAAAAAUUUUGCGUUAAAGUCAAUUUGACAAGCUCCUUAAAAAAAGCAAUUAUUGUAGUAUUUGAAACAUCUACUGGCUCAGCAUACUUUGACCUAGAGACUAAAUUCAAACUUUAAAGUUAGGGUUGGGUCCUGAGAACUGGUUCCUAUUGGCAACUGGUUCCUAACAUCCAUUUCUGGAACCGUGAAGCAGAUUUUUGAAUUUGAUUCUUCUUUUUUCUUUGGUUCCGAGUCCCAGCACUAGUUUGUUUUCGGGGUGUGUAUUACUCCGCUCGGCAUUCUCUGUGCAUCUGCUAGCAAGAACAUCACUUGUCUGAACAUGAACCGCAAAAAACACAUGAAAAUCUGGUUUCAUUUUAAAGUGGCAAAGGAGGACGGAGUAGCACAGUGCAACAUCUGCAAAAAAAAAACAAAUUUUCCCUGUUCUUUCGCUCACCAGCAGACAGUGUAGGCGUGCUGUGCGUCAGUGGCUUCGCUUAGAACUGAGCGGAGGGGCAGAGCAGCAGAGAGCGCUGAUGUGCUGCACUGUUUUAUAAUGAAUGAAUACAUGUUCUGGGGUUCCACCUCUCAGAGCAUGUUUCUAAAUGAACCAUUGAAUGUAUACGGUAAAUACAAUGAUUUGUGAUGCAAAGAUUAAGUACACACUACACAAGCUCAAAACAAUGGAAGCCACCAGUGGAAAAAAAAACAGACUUCCAUGCAAAACCCUGGACAAUUGAAGGAUUUUAUAAACUCCCCCCUGGACAGCCUGAACAGUCCCCCAAAAAAGGACAUGUCUGGGUAAAACUUAACUUACUUAACCAGUCAGAAUCAGAUAAGUCGAACAAUAAAUUAUGCAUGUCUUCUGUGUUAAAGCGGUCAACGAAUUGUACUGUAUAUGAUGGGCCAACUUAAAUAUCCAACUAACGUAGCCCAUGUUCUUUUUCAUAGCCAAAUGACCUGACAACAAAGAUUGAUAUUUAUAUACUGGUUGAAAAUAGCCCUGUGAGAUAUUCAUAGUAAAGAUCAUGUCAUUGAAAAAUUCAUGGAGAAGUUCAGACAUUUCACCCAAAAAGAACUCUGGUAAGCGCCCUCAUUAUUUAAACCAUUAUUUAAUGUUCAAACUCAUAAACUUUAUAUAUAUUUUUUGCAAAUAAUUAUUAAUAAUUAGUAGAGUUUUAACUUGCACUUAGUUACAGAUGUAGCGACAAACUGUAUUUACUGACAGUGGUUUUCUGAAGUGUUCCUGAGCCCAUGUGGUGAUAUCCUUUACACAUUGAUGUUGGUUUUUGAUACAGUGCCGCCUGAGAGAUCAAAGGUCACGGACACUCAAUGUUGGUUUCCGGCCGUGCCGCUUAGAUGCAGUGAUUUCUCCAGAUUCUUUGAACCUUUUGAUGAUAUUAUGGACCGUAGAUGUUGAAAUCCCUAAAUUCCUUGCAAUUGUACUUUGAGAAACAUUGUUCUGAAACUGUUCAACUAUUUGCUCACGCUUUGCCCCAUCCUUGCUUGCGAAUGACUGAGAAUUUUUGGGGAAGCUGCUUUUAUACUCAAUCAUGGCAUCCACCUGUUCCCAAUUAGCCUGCUCACCUGUGGGAUGUUCCAAAUAUGUGUUUGAUAAGCAUUCCUCAAAUUUCUCAGUAUUUUUUGCCACCUUUCCCAACCACUUUGGCACGUGUUGCAGCCAUGAAAUUCUAAAGUUAAUGAUUAAUUGCAAAAAAAAACAGGGUUUAUGAGUUUGAACAUUAAAUAUCUUGUCUUUGUAGUGUAUUCAAUUGAAUAUAGGUUGAAAAGGAUUUGAGAACUAUUGUAUUCUGUUUUUACUUAAGUUUAUCACAAUUUCCCAACUUCAAUGGAAUUGGGUUUUGUAGAAGAAUCAAAAUAGAGAAUCGUUAGGAACUGGAAUCAAAACUAGGAAUCAGAAUCAGAACCGGAAUCAUUUAAAUUUAAACAAUGCCCAACCCUAUUUAAAAUGUAAAUUUAUAAAUGUAAAUUGUCUAUUGGUGUAUUAAUCCACAUUUCGAUGUUGCAGUUUUUGGUCAUUCCCUGGUCAAAGACCAUGAUUAUUUUUGGAGAAGUUUUGAGAUUAUAAUUGGUGUGUAUUGUGUGGAAUCUUCAUGCCAGAGUGGGUUACAUCAUCAGCUAGCAAGAGAGAAGUUGCAUGAAACUGUCUGAAACUUUACACUUUCCAUGCUCCUCUUGGCCAGGAAUAACACUCUACACACGUUUUUUCCCACAAUUGUAGACACACUUUUUCUGUUUCUAACAAUGCGUUCAUCUAAGCAAAGAGACUUAAAGGGCUCUACUUUUGUGCCGCCGCCGGCACGGUGUAAGCCAGGUCCACCGUGCCGACGAGGCGUGCCCAAGCACACUUUGGUAUUUUGGUGAGCAGCCCAGCCCAGCCAAAGUAUCCCCCCUCCCUAACUCAGCUCCCCCCAGCGGUGCGAGUAGCAGAGAGGGAUGGGAUACGGCAUGGAGUGGGUUUAACACAGCCAAGUCCUGUUUUUUUACAAAUCACAUCAGCUCCUCUCCUCACCUUUAAAUUCGCCGCCGGGGAGGCGUAUUACAAUUUUAAUUAAGUAGUCGAAGAGAGCAAGAGAUGUCUGAAGACAGUAAUGCCACACAAUGACAGAAGGCAGCCCCUCAACAAGUUUCGCUGUAAGCACUGCAGAGAGAGGAAACUCUCUCAAAUAAGCACAGAGGGAUUUGGUGUGUAUAAGGUUGGACCCACUAGUAAGACAAACACCCUUUUCCACAAAUUAAGACACUCACGUAAAGUUGCAUAGAUUUAAACCCCACGUGACAAAGGUGGGAUGUGUGCACAGAUCACAACAUAAACAAAUUCCAAUACUGGCAUUAAAAUCGUAACCAUCUGUGUGUCAAGGUCGCACUCCGUGGCCUGGCUCUUUCUUUUAUUGAUGUUGGCAUAUAAAAUGAACUUGGCUCACGCAACUGAAUAUUAUUAUAUUUGUAAGUGGGCUUAACUCCAGAUUGAAUAAUUACAAAAUUUUAAGGAUGUGAAAACAUCAGAUAAACGGGUACUUUUUAAUUAAAGUUUCUUUUAUUCUUUAAGUAAAUAACUCAUCUGAUCACUAAAAUAAAUCAUCUGGUCAGCCUUGACGCCCCAGCAGCAGCAGCAGCAGCAGGACAGGACAGGACACAGAGAUGUGUCCGAGUCGAGCUGCACAAGAAAGAAGAGGAAGCAUGAGAAAGAGAAGGGGGGAGGCAAAUUAAAUAUCUUGUUAACUUCAUCAUGUGUGACCAUUUACCUGAUAUUUAAUUUAAUGCGGUUUCAGCUGUGUUAAUUCGGUCAGGUUGAGUGUCCAAACGCGUGCCAAAUGCACUCAUCAGAUAAGACAGUGUUUUUCAACCUGUGUGCCGCAAGAGAUCGUCGGGUGUGCUGUGGGAAUAAACCAAUUUGCGAAUAAUAUGCCAUUGUCGAGUGUCUGUGCUGCAAUAAAGUGAGCGUCAGAGCAGUACUCUUCUAUGUCACUGGAUGGCAGCAGACGGCUAAUUGCCUGGGAAAAAAACUGAAAACCGAGAGAAGCUAGGAGCUGUUGAGGAAGAGCUUUGUGUGUGUCUUUCUUCCAUUCCUGCUAGGAUAUCAGCUUUGUAUUCAUCUAAAUCGCCAGGGCUCACACUGAGUGAGUAUAAAUAAAUUUAAGAACUAUAUUACUAGCUAUACUCUGGGGAUGCACCAAAAAUUUGGCCACCAAAAAUGGCCAAAAAGUGCAUUUUCAGUUUUCAGCCGAAACUAUUUUCUCACCGAAACAACGCGGCUGAAACAGAUGUUGUGAUGAAGCAAGCAAAAACCACAAACAGUAUGUGCUUGUCUGGAUAAGAGCCAAAAUGUCUGCAGUGUGGAUGUAUUACAGUGUACCUGAGAACUACGAAUAUUGGCAUAGCGUGUAAUGCAAAAAUUGGGGGGGGUGCAUCCGCAAAGGGUCCCAGCCACUAACCACCAACAUCUUUUUAGCUUUGCCUGAUUUCUUAAGCAAAGAGACUAAACACAACUUACCUACUCUCUUCCAGCAGCUGCUUGUUUGUAGGGAGACCUCGGACAAGUCCAUCACCGACUGCAGCUAGAUGACGCAGCUCAAGGAAGAACAUUUAUGAUCAUUUCUUUAUGGAAAUGCAAUCAGACCGAGACACUAAGGCAGAAGAACUACCGCAGUGCAAAGUGAUUAAUAUGAUGAUUAUUACUUCAAGGAAAUGAUAAAAUAAUGAUCAUAAAUGUUUUACCUUGAGCUGUGUCACCCCGCUGCAGUCGGUGAUGGACUCGUGCAAGGUCUCCCUUCAAACAAACAGCUGCUGAAGUGGGUAAGUUGUGUUUAGUCUCUUUACUGAGGAAAUCAGGCAAAGUUUAAAAGAUGUUUGGUGGCUAGUGCUGUGGCUGGGACCCUCUAUGUACUGUUGAUGAAGUUAGGUGCUGUUCUGAGCAUUAUUUGUGGCUAUAGAGUGGCUCUUUGGUUGAGGUGUGCACGUGGCUCCUUAGACCAGUGUAUUGCCAUUGUGCGGUCAUUACUAAAGUUGAUAUAACUAGAGAAGCAAGCAGUCAGCUUUAAGAUUAAUAAAGGUGUCCCCAGCAAUAGGGACCCAUUCUGCUCUCUAUUUUGAUACAUGGCAUGGGUCAGGACAUCAAGGUAAGGUAAAGGUGUAGACUUAAAAACAGAUAGCUCAAAAAAAAAAAAACAUUCAGAGAUGUAUUGCAUGACUAAAUAAAAAAAGGAAAAUAAACCAAGACAUUCAGUUCACUGGAGCUAGGAACAAAAAUACCUCUUGCAAUGUGUAUUCAAAUAGUGCUGACCAACCAAACAGCACGCUUGAGUGAAAGGAUUUCAAAGGUCUUAGUGUGUGUUUGCCUUGUUGUGGGCAGGUUACCUUAGAAGGCACAUCUGAAAAGUGCUGUGUGAGUAUGUGUGCACACAAGAGCAUUGUAGCCUCAGUGCUGGCUCAGUCAUUUUUAUGCCAGCAUUGCCUACACUUAUCCCUGCCUCAAGCAAAAAAGAAUAAAUAAGUACGCUGCUCACCAAGCAAGCUCUGCAAAAGUUGAUAUGUGUCUUGAAACUGGUGUACAAAACACACGUAUAAGUGCCACUUAUAAUGGAGCUUAAAGUAGCAGGGGCCACAUCCUGCCCUUUUUUGCACUUAUUGUCUUACUUUUUAAAGGCCACCAGUUGUAAAUAAGUUGUGUUCUUUGAUUUAAAGGCUAUGUUGUUUUCUCAACUUUCAUUAGACUUUAUUUUCACCUCAUUAGCUGAGUUCACAAUGCUUCCCAUGGAUUUAUGAGAAUUAGUCCGCUCAUGCUUGAAAAAUCUCUUUCCUUCCCUAGACCUGAUUUGGUUAACUGUCUACAAAUAUUAUUAGACAAGGCACCGAGGCUUGGAGGACAGAUUAUUAUUGUUGCUAGAACAAGGGUUACAGGGGAGUAAUGACAUAACUCUAAGAUUUGAAGUCAUUCAGCUGCAGAAAAUUUUCAGACAUCUAAUUCUUGAUUUGAAUCAGACAGGGUAUGUAAGAUUAUUGUCAGACAUAUCAGUAGUCCGAGGUGCAACUGUGCAUAGAGAUUAGUGUCAUCAGGAUUUGCCCCAGCAGGUCAGUGAAAAAAAGAGGACCCCUGGGGGACCUUACAUGAGAGAGGGUUAUAAAAAGAAGAGGCAUUUCCAAGCACACUAGAACACACUAGAACACAAAAGAUGUGCUCUCCUCUUCUGGUUCUGCUCAGUAUUUGGGCUGCAGCAUUUUGGACCAGCUGAAGAGUCUUGAAAGACUUUUUAGGGCAGCCUGACAAAAAGGAAAUACAGUGAUCCAACCUAGCGGUGAAAAAUACAUGGACUGUUUUUUCUGCAUCAUUCUCAGACACAACAUGUCUCAUAUUUGCUCUACUGGGCAGGUGAAAGGCAGUUCUAAAGAUGUGUUGGAUGGAGAAUUUAAAGAAACUCACAAAGUCUUAACAGUGGUGCUGGAUACCAGACUGAUGCCAUCUACUACAGUCAUAUCAUUCUUGUCUGAUGAGGUCUCCCUGACCUGAGCUUGUCAUGAAUGUCACCAUUUUUUUAAAAUCUUGUUUUAAUCCUCUCUACUUGAAGUUUGGAGAAAUUGAAGACGUCUGCCACCUCAGCAGCAGACUUGGUCUUCUGGCUCUCAAUGAAAAUGGUCUAUGGUUGGAUUUUUGGCAUAUUGUCAGAGGUCAGAUUUCACAUUAAGGUCUGGUGUGCUGGGGUUCUUUUUAUACACACCUGGGAAUAUGUUAUUCACAGUAUUUGUCACAAGUGGAGCUCUACUUUGUGAUUGUUUGAAUCAUUUCAAGACACGACAAGACAUUUGUCCGUGCAAAAACGGAUGUUAUGGGUUCUACCAAGCUGUGAAGUCUUAUGCCACAAGACUUCUAUGGUUGUAUAUCUUUACAGAUACAUCUGGGGAUGAAAAGGCCAUGGCAGCCCUCAGUGAAUUUUGGUCUGAGUAAUGAUAUUAAUGAUGCCUUAAACUUUUUCCAUCUGAUCCUGCUGUUGGUGUGGGAACAUAGCUGGAAAUACCUACUGAAUUAUCAGGGAUCCCUUCCCUUUUACAAAGGCGAAAACAUGCCCACACUUAAGACUUGCAAACCACCAACUUACUUAAAUUUCCUGGCUUUGUUGCAUGUUGCUGUGUAAGGUAUUAUGUCGCCCCUAAUUACCAGUCAAUGUCUCCUGUAAGAUAGACAGUGAUAUUGAGUCUGAUUUAUUUGCCAGCAAGAAAUGAUCUACAGUGGUGGAUGCCCUUUCGUAAAAGUUUUCAUCAACUAGUAAGGUUACGUCCAAUCUCCACUACUGGCAUGUGGUCUGACUCCACAAUGAUUCACUUUUCUAAACAAAGGGUAGCAGUGUUUUAUCAAUGGAAGAAAAAAAUCAAGUCUAGAACAGGAUUUGUGUACAUGGGAAAAGAAUAAGAACUCUUCAUUACGUGGAUAAAGAAAAUGCCAAGGGUCUGCAAAGCCUGCCUUGUUCAUAAAUGUAGAUAGGGUAUGGGCCAUCUUGGGUGGAGACACUGACUUGGGGCUAGAUCUUUCCAUAGUCAGAUCCAUAACACGUCACCAUCAAAGAUCAAAUGGUGAGGUUAGAUGAGUUAGGUAAAACAGAGAUUAGCCUUGAUGCAAAGCUGGCACCAUCACAAUUAGGAGUGUAACUUGAAUAUAAAAGAGGGAGCCAGUCACUAUGACAAUUGGGCCCUGUGGGUCUGCUAUGGACCUCUUAAGAUUAAACUGUACAAUUUUGGGUACUAUUAUCGCUGUUCCUCUUGCCUUGGUAUUGAAUUGUGAAUGGUAAAGUUGUCCUAACCAUGUUUUUUUUUAAGUUUCAAAUGGUCUGCUGUUACCUUGUAAAAAUCCUAUUUCUAUUUUUAAUUUUUGAAAGUGGGCAUGUUUCACCGGCUCUCACAUGCCUUUUUACAUUCCAUCUAGUGAAGCUUACUGCUUAACCGGUCAUUCUUACAUCGCUGCUUGAUAAGUCAGUAAUGGUCAUUCAGUUUUAUGGUUGACCUUAUCUGAAAGCUCAUCGUAUGAAAGAAUAUGAAAAUUGUAUUCACUAAAUCAAAUAUCAUAAAAUUUCAAAAAACAAACACAAAUGAAUCAUAUAACCCAAAUUGACAGCACUGAAUCUGAACCCCAGUAGAGGUAGAGCCCAUCCUAGCUGUAGCUUUGCUUCCCCAACUGAAGCAAACUGCAGUUCCCAAUAUAACCUGUAGAUCUCCCGAUAGACCAUCCUCUCAUUAACUAACUUGGUAGGGCUGCCAAUCAACUCAAUGUGCAGGAAUUACAUUUUUGAUCUAUGAACCAAACCAGUAACCGUGGUUAUCAACUGUGAUUUUUAUGCAAAUAUGCUGUUUUUCAGGGCAGCAUCUUAACCAUAAGAGCAUCAUAAUCAACCUGGCAUUAAUGAGAUCAGUGGUCAAGAUCCAGUUAACAUAAUAACCUAAAAUUAUUAGCAUCAGGGCUUUAGAUAAGGUGGAUAGAAAAUAAAACAAGAUAGGUGAUUAAAAAAAUAUGGUAGUGAUCUAAACAAAACCAUACACAAUCCAAUAUUACUUGCAGAUGUGUGGGGAGAUACUUAGAAAUAAAGUAAACAGUGGAUUCUUGAAACUUAGCUUUUAUCUUACCCACUGAGUCCCAAGAGCCUGGAAAGACCAAAACCAAAAGCAGUCCAUGUUGACAUGAACAGAGUUGUUCUGUUGUCUUGUCUAAAGCUUGCAGAGGCUGAAUUGACUCUUAGAUUAACAUGGCCACAUCUUCCUUAAAGUUGAUCCAUUGCUUAGAUAGUUCUAUAAUCAGUUCUGACAUGAGACAGGAUCUCUGUUUAUUUUCGCCAGGUUAUCCUGCUUUGGUGGACACAGCCACCAUUGUUGCUAGCUAGCUAGCUCCAUUUCACUGUUGUGAGGAUUCAGCAACUAUAUUCGUACAGUACUUAACAUAUAAUUAAGUCUGUGGUGCUUUACCUGCAUAAAACUAAGAUUAUUUAAGUUAGUUAGAGAGCUGAUACAAAGCCUAUUAACCCUACGUCCCUCUCCUACAUUGCAAAACUGUAAGUUCUGCAAGAUGAUAAUAAAUCAAAAUGUGUCUAAUAGGAUUCCCAUGUUGCCUUUUAUUGAUCAAUGCAGGUAGACUGUGGGGCUUUACAUUGAUGCAUUCAUACGACUAAUUAGUCAGCAUGUAGUUUAAGUAUCAUCAGGGAGAUGUGAAAUUUUCACAUUAUGGAGGGGCUCAAAGUCAGAGAAGGGCAGUAUGUGUGUUCGUCUUUUUUUUUUUCAAGCCUUAAUAGCACAAUAUGUAGAUUAUUGCAAAUUUAAUAAACAAAGUACAUAUAGAAAGCUAAUUUCUUAUAUGUAUAUAUAUAUAUGUAUAUAUAUAUAUAUAUAUAUAUAUAUAUAUAUAUAUAUAUAUACAUAUUUUUAUUUUAUUUUUUUCAAAUUUGUACAUUACAAAUAACUUCAGUAAUGCACAAAGGGGAAUUCAUUCACACAGCUUGUAUGACAAAAAGAAAAAAACAUCAGGAGGGGUUUGUCUUUAUUUUUCAGUGGCUUGUAAUUAUUCCUCUUUUUCUAAUGAAAGUCACUACAACUGCGUUAUUCUCUUGUUAGUGUUAUCCUUUCUUGUCUUUUCUCCCAGUAUCAAGAUGGUGCUGAUGUGGACCAGCGGAGACACUUUUAAAACAGGCUACUUCCUCCUCACCCAGGCUCCUGUCCAGUUUUGGAUUUGUGGCCUACUACAGGUCUUUGUGGACUUCGCUAUCCUGUUCCAGGUUUACUACUACAGCCGCUACCCACAGAAGCCAGUGUCCCACACUGUCUCUCACACCACCAGUGCCAAAGCCCUCUGAAAGCUUCUGCCAGCUUUCAGAGAAUCUAUCAAGAUCCACAAACUGCAGUGAGGAAGCAAUUUUAGAGGAGCUUUGGACAUGUAUAAACAUGCAGAAGUACCAAAGCACCUUGAUAGGAUGCAGGCUGCUCACUCACUCCUCAAAGUAUACAUAAAGACACACACAUCCAUAAACAAGACAUAAACAUACACAGACACUUGGAAGUGUUAGUGCCAGCAGCCAUACCUGUGGAACAUUUGUUACAAACAAACCUUUUUGUUUUAUUUAUGUUACUGAUUUCCCCUCAAUGCAACUGAAUGCUUGUGUCUUCGAAUGCAGACUUCACAAAGAAUAUCUACAUCAAUCAGCAUGUGGAUUAUUAACGCACAUACAUUAAGAUAUACAGCAUGUGCACUGCAGAUGUAUGCACUGGAAUCUGCACUUCAGAAAAUAUGGACUAGCUUUUAUGGUCCACAUUAGCUGAUGAUUGUAGCAUGAACCCUCUGCCUUAAAAAUACACACACAGUUAAACAUAGCUUUCUGCAUUUCCAGCAUUAUAAAUGUGUCAAUCAAUUAAAACAAUGUUAUCAUACAACUUUGCUGAAUGUAUGGCAUUUGUCUAUUGUUUGUUGUUUUUGCAAUACAGUGGAGAAAUGCUGGUCGGUCUACCACUUGUUGGACAGAUGGUCACUGUCGUCACUUUUGAGAUAAAAGAGGAAACAGUAGAAAGUGGUAGAAACUGGAGGCAAUCAGACUUUAGCAACUGAAGAAAAUCUCAAAGGCUCUCAGAUGCAAUUAAUUGACUUAAAAAAACAUGGUCUUGCAAUUAAAUUAUGAUGUCUGGGCAGCAGGAUCCAUCGAAAGACCAAUGUGAACAUUUUUGUACUGAAAAUGUUUAGAUUUUUUUAUACAAUGAGUACUUUCCUUCUAGGGGGAUUAAAGUGAAAACAAAGCACAUUAUGGAUAAGGCACAAUGCAGAACAAACUCAUCAACAGAUGACCAAGGAAUUGUGAAGCAAAGAUAAAAUGUAUUUCAUCGAAAGUGUCUAAAUUCAGCAAAACCUUGCCAAAUUUGAGUUCAUGGAAAGACUUUGUUGAACUAAGUUACAGCACAAGGAAAAUAAUGAGGGAUUUAAGUAAAUUACACAAAGUAGUUGUGUUCCUGCUGCCUGCUGAGAACUGUUAGAAGUGUGACAUGCAAACUGCAUGGACUCACGUGGUGCAUGCAUUACUUGUAAGCUACAGCUGCACAAAUAGUCCCCUGAAAAGUUAUCCACAGAUUGAGGAUGGAGGAUGUAUUAAAAUUCCUAUUGCUUGUCUCUUACUCAUGGUGAAGUCAUUACGACUUUCAUUGAGUUUGCUUUUUUAACACCAGCAGCUCAGGAACCUUAAUUCACGGUUACUUUUGUUUGUUAGUUGCUCUAGACCACAUGAGCGAAACAUUAGAGUUUAUUUUAUGGCCAUACUUUCUUUAGCAGCGCUAAAAAUUAUCAUGGUUUCGUAGCCUUCUUAAUGAAAAAAGGCUGUCAUAUUUCUGUGAAUACUCUAACAUUUUUGAAUAAUAAUAUUAAUGACAAUAUUAAAUGACAAUAUUGCAAACCAUCAGGAUUUUUUUUAAUGUCUUGAUAUAAACGAGAGGAGUGAAGUUAUUUUAAAUACUUGAAUAUUUUCAGAGUGUUUCAUAAAACAUUUUGGUGUUUACAUUUACUUUCUUUUUGAAUACUGCAACCAUUAUCCUGCAGUUCUCUACUGAGACGCAUACUAUGCUGUGAAAAAUAUAAAGGUGCUACACAAAGUAGAUUAUUAUUGUUUUUGUUAGACCACAGUAGAGAUUAUAACGCUGCUAUUAAAAUAAGUACACUUGAGAGAUUUUUUUUAAAAGCCAGUCCUCUGCAAUUUAACUGCGUAAAAUAUCUUGAUUUUUUUUUUUUUUUUUAAAUAUGACAAGAAGUUCUUAGCAAAUGUAUGGUAAUAAAUUUAACUUGUACGUUCAACUAAUAUGGUUCAUAACAUCUAAUAUACAAAGUAAUUGUGAAUCAAGGUUCUUUUACUGAUGAUACGUUAAAUGAAAAUUAAUUCACUAAAGUUAUAGUUACUUCAUCAUUAGCUUAUUGUGAGCAACAAGAAGUGGUGACACAUCCUAUAUUAAUUAAUAUAUUUAAUGAUAAUGGGUCAUAGUUUACUUCACCAUCAAUUAUCAAAUUUGUACCCUUAUUAUUGAGUGUUACUAUUCAGUAUUAGCUAGGCUUUAAGAUGCCGGAAAGACAGGCUGUUUGCAAAGGCUAGUUGAUUUGAUUUGGCUUGGCAAACAGCUCCUUAAAUAAUCCUUUCUUGUUUUAACAAGUUAAUGUUUUUUUCUCUAUUCAAGACUCCAGUCGCUAACUGUAUGACCCGCCAUUUGAAAAAUCUGAAUGAUCUACUUCUGCUAUGGACUGUCUUGGUUAAUAUUGGAUUUUUUGGCAACUGCGAAAGGUCUUCAGCCUUUUUGUCACAAGAAUUUUAACACUUUCAUUGUUGUUUUUCAUCUGGUAAAAAGAAAAGAAAAUGUCAUUGAGGGUUUUACAGGACACAACAUUUUGUGAACUAACAUGAUUUGCUCCUCUUUUUUUACUCAUAAACUAUACCAAACUCCCACAUCAAAAAGUCUUUAGCAUGAUGCAAUGACUAUAUGACUUCCCAAGCUAAUCACUAUUAACUGUGGUUUAUAACUAUUUAAUUCAGUUUGAUAUCUGAAUCUUUGGGUUCCAGAAGAAUAUGCUUAGUAAGCUGUAGUUUGGCUGGGAGAUCCCCGAACAGAAGGACAUCAAAGACAUUUUGAUAUGCUGUACGUUUUGUAAAAUAUCUUGAUUUUUUUUUUUUUUAAUUUAUUUUUAUUUUUUAUGUGUAGCCCUUUGAGAUCCUUGGAUGUAAAGGGGCACUACAAACAAAAUGUAUUAUUCUUCUUAUCAUCAUUACUAUUAUCAUUAUAAGUCAGUUAAGUGAAGUAGAUGACCUCUAGUCAUGAUCUGUUUUUCUGUUGAACAGCCAGCGGUGAAGACACCUUAAGGAGAAGAUAGCAGCAGCUCAACCCCCAGCCUCUCCUGGUACUAUUCAUCAGGAUGUCAUGUGAUCAAUGAACAACUCCGAGCCAUUUGUAUCUUAUAAAUUAGUUUUCCUGCAUGACAGCUUUGAAUUUGACCUGAAAAUUAAACACUUAUGCAGCAUUGUUUUGCAAGUUCAACUCCCUCAGGCACUAUAAAUGUUACAUGCUUCAAGUCAUUCGCUGAGAUGAACAAGGUAGCUAGAAAAGAAAGGUCAGACUAUCUCAGAGAAUCUAAUGAUGUGAACAGGGGUUAGUUUUACCUGGUAAUUACCAAGUGUUACCCAGUAAGGUUAUAAUGCAAGAUCCAAAAUAGCAGUGACCCAGAAUCAAUCUUGUGUGUUUCACUCACUGAUACUUCUGUGCAUAAUCAGCAAAAUCCUAUCUUCACUUCCCAUCGUAUUGAGUGAAGGCAACCUGACAGGCCAGUUUAAUAUUUAUGUGGCAAAUCCAAUCAAUCUCCCAAUACCCAUACUCAUGACUCAGAGGUGUAGUGUCCUCAUCAACAUAUUGUCAUGAGAAAAUUUAAUUUCCUGUUCAGAGAGAGAGGCAGCCACACGGCACAGUGAAGAUUUCUAUUGUUGUCUUUUAUGUAAUUUUCUCUGGAGAGAGGGGAAAAUGCCAAACCAGGUGUAUCACUGUCAGCCCUUCAGUGAACUGUAUACCAGAGCAGACCUGAUUCUGUCCUCCUCUUUUCUAAGCCUCAAGAAAUGAAAAGUGCUGUUUUUGCUGUGAGACUUGGAAGGAGUUGUCAUUAUUUUUUUUCUGUUCUUGCUCUUAUACAAACAGAAGAUACGAAGGACUGACAUGUUGAUAUCUUAGCAGUAGGUGUGCUUUUGCUGAGUUCACAUCUGCUCAUUAGCCCUGUGUUUUGUAUUAAUUUUGUUAUUCCACUAUAAGUAGUGUAUGUCUGUUAUAUAGUCAAGUGAAGGUAUUCUGUUUUUUUGUUUGUCUGUUUGUUUUACUUCACUGGAUUAUGAUGACCAUAAAAGUACAAUUUAUUUACUGUUUUCUUUCAUGGUUUUAUUUGACUUUAUCUGUUUUCUAUUUUGUAUCAUUCGGUUGGUUCAUUUUACCUUCAAAAAGCAUUUUUCCAUGUAAACUUCCAAGUUUUGUCUUUGUAAUGUAAACCCACUCCUAGUUUCAAAUGUAUCAAAAACAUUAUCUGCUGAAUUUUAAUGCUAUUUUUUAAAAACUUUUUGCCACAUCUGUUAUCCACUUCAACAACUAAUGACAUCCUCAACACUUCAGGCUGUAUGAAGGCAUGACUGAGAAUGUGGUUUGGCAUAGUCUCCCAAUAAAAAGGACAUAGAGAGAG